AUGCAGCGCUCACACACCUUCCUCCUCUUCCUCUUCCUCAUCUUCAUCGUUGGGAUGGCGCUGGCCGGCUCGUCCACGGCUCUGAGAAGCAGAGGUAGGUGACAUCUGCAUCUUGAUCAUUGCCAUGUAGAACACUUACAGUCAACUCCUAAGAAAUGCAAUGCUAAUGGAAUUGCUUGGCUUGCAUAAACUGGAGCAUGCAGAUACAAAACAAUGAAAAAGACUGAACUUGAAUUUGAACUGAUGAACUCCAAUGCAGAGCUUGCAGUUAUCCAAUAUGCACUUAUCAGGAAUCGACUGUACAUCAAAUAACAUUAAUAUGUUGUUAUGGGAGUUCUGUCAUGCAAAUCAUAGGCUAUUGAGUUUUGCAAAGAAAGUUAGCCUCAGAUUAUAUAAAUAAAAUGUGAACGUAAUGAAAUGCAUGUGGACAUGCAGUUGAAUUAAAUGUAGACACCCAUGCACAUUAUAUGAUUGCAAUACAUUUUAUGAUGCUGACUGCUCAGAUUCAUGAAGAAUUGUUGGACCAAACUAUACAGUAUUGGUGGCUGGUAUUUUAUCAUAAUCAGAAACAGUUAAUUAACAAUAGACAGCAUGUCCAGUGUUAUGAAACAUUUGGGCCAUUACAUGAUCCAAACCAACGUGCCGAUUUUGUUUUCAUGGUAUAGGACUCUGCAUACUGUGCAGUAUGAUGAAUGGUACGCAAUUGUUAUUAUAUGUUGGAUGGUAUGUCCUGCAGAUGUUGCCGUGACAACCACAGGUGGUCAUUGCCACACAUUGCCACACAUUGCCUGGAAGGCCAGUGAUUCUGUGAAUGUGUGCCUAGAAGCAUGCACCAUCAUAAGGUUUGCCCUAUUGUGGUACACAGUAAGAUACACUACACUCCGCACCUACUGUAGGUCUACUGUACAUCAUGUUGAACAUUGAUGGACUGUCUUUAGUUGACCUGGAGAAAGGUGUUCUAAUUCUGUUGCUAUUCACAACAGUCCAUGUCCAAAAUUGGGCUUGUGCUGUUUUUAUGAGCCACGUAAAUUUGUCCUAUUUAUAUGAAACAAGGUUGGCAGACGAAGGUGAGAGAGGUUAACUGCUGCCAGAGAUCUGUAUAUAAUGAUGAGAUGCUCAUGUCUCCGCCCUAACAAUGGUAGUCGUUGUCCUAAAGGCAGAAAGGCAGCCGAUAAGCUUAGGUCUGCAUAUUAAGCCCAUAGAAAUACAUUGGGCUUAUUUUGGACAGAUUUUGGUGAGAGUGGAACCUCUCUCUUUGCCUCUUCCUCUCUGCUGCUACUAAUAGUGUUCAGUCUGCAGGGUUGUUGGUAGUUUGGCCCUUGUUAGAAUGUGCCAUGUGCUUGUCCAGAAGUGUGCCAUGUGCUUUUAUUGCAGUUUAAUUACUUUAAAUUCAAGUGAAAUAGAUAAUAAACAAAAGUGAAAUAAAAAAUACAAAAUGAACAGUAAACAUUACACUCACAAAAGUUCCAAAGGAAUAGAGACAUUUCAAAUGUCAUAUUAUGGCUACACAGUGUUGUAAAGAUGUGCAAAUAGUUAAAGUACAAAAGGGAAAAUAAAUAAACAUAAAUAUGGGUUGUAUUUACAAUGGUGUUUGUUCUUCACUGGUUGCCCUUUUCUUGUGGCAACAGGUCACAAAUAUUGCUGCUGUGAUGGCACACUAUGGUAUUUUACCCAAUAGAUAUGGGAGUUGAGCAAAAUUGGAUUUGUUUUCGAAUUCUUUGUGGUCUCUUUCUAUAUCUGUCUCUCCCUCCUCUCACUUUUGUUUGUCUGUCUUUCUGUCUUUCUGUCUUUCUGUCUUUCUGUCUUUCUUUCUGUCUGUCUGUCUGUCUGUCUGUCUGUCUGUCUGUCUGUCUGUCUGUCUGUCUGUCUGUCUGUCUGUCUGUCUGUCUGUCUGUCUGUCUGUCUGUCUGUCUGUCUGUCUGUCUGUCUGUCUGUCUGUCUGUCUGUCUGUCUGUCUGUCUCUCUCUCUCUCUCUCUCUCUCUCCUCAGCAGUUAGUUCUUUUUAAACAUGUUGUAAAUGAGGCCAUAAAAUGGAAUCUGUUUAAUAUGGGAAUCAGCCCUGUUUUGAGGGUUCACUUUGAUUUUCACGACAGUCACGGAAAACUCUGGAUUUUUCACAAGUGUCUGCCAUGCUGUCUCAUUGACCCACACCCGCUGUGGGGCAUACACACGCGCCACACACAUGCAUGUGCAUGCGCACGUGCACGUGCCCCACACCCGCUGUGGCACAUACACACGCGCCACACACAUACAUGCGCAUGCGCACGUGCACGUGCACGUGCACACACACACACACACACACACACACACACACACACACACACACACACACACACACACACACACUAUAUAUAUACACACAGUGUGUUUUAGUUUAAUUCUGGCUCCCGUUCCCAUGUCUCCACAGUGCCGCCACACUGUUUUCUGUGAAUUAAAGUUGGGCACUUCGAAAACGUUGAUGCUAAUAAAGCUGAUUUGAAGUGAAUGGGACUCCAGAGUGGAGUUGGUAAGAAGGGCAAGCACUGUGGAAAAACUGUGACAUUGGCUUACAGACAGUUCCACAGUGUGUUUUUAGCUGAAGUUGGCCUACAGACAAUAACAUUGAGAUUGGAUGAACGAGUGUAACGUGAGUUUGUUUUGGAGGUCUGUCAGAGGUGGGUGUGGCUCUUCAUUUUGGCAUGUGUUCCCUGUCCCUAGUUGGAAUAUGUUAUGUCAAGUUAUCUCUGGCUGAAGUGACCUCAAAUACAGACUCCGGAUCAGUUUGUUGGUGUGCUUUAUAUUUCUUUGUGCAUGUUAGGUGUAUGUGCUCUAACAGCCUGAGAGAUGGAGGGAUGAUUAGAGAGCAAUGGAGGGCCGGAGAGAUGAAGGGAGGGAGAGUUGGUAAAAGGGAGAAAUUGAGUUUUGCCUAUAAAGAAAAGAAAACAGCUGUAGUUGAGCCAUGUGUGGGAGAUAUAGUAUGAGAUCAGGGGGACCAGUGCAGGGAAUAGCGUGGGAGCCUUAGCCCAGGCACGGCUCUCUCCAGCUGGGCUGUGAGGUAAAUCUCCCCCUGAGAACCCGGAGCAUGGCUGAGCUGGCCCAUGGCCGAGGGUGUGUUGUAGUGGUGUAGAGCCCCCUAUAGCGUAUCAAACACCCCUCUCCCCCGUCCUGCAUUGGAAUUCUGUGAUAGGUGAGGUUUACUUGUCAUUUCUUACCACCUUCAAGCUGUUUCAGUUUUUCUCAAAGUUUGCUCUUUUUGUUUGAAGGCAGAACCAUUCCAAACCCUGUUUCUUUUGCUAUUCUAGUUGGCAUGGACAAGAGAGAUUUUUUACACUUCAUUGACUUAAAUGAAGCCGAAUCUGUUACCAAGAGUCGUAAAACAUGUCUUUGCUGGGCGUGGGAAGCCAAGUCCCCUUGCACCUUUCCAUCUUCUCAUUCCCAGGAUGGAAACCCAAUAUCCAAACACCCGCGGAGCUGCUUAAACUAAACUAGAGCCACAAAGCCCCACGCACACAAAACCUGUGUACAUAAAAAUGUGUGUUUUAUGUACUGUAUGUGCAUACAGUGGGAUAAUAUUAGUCAAUGUCCUUUCAAACAGAGGAGGGAAUAGAGGAAUGAUAGAAGGACACGAGAGAGGAGAAAUUGAAAGACGGAGUGCAGAAAACAAGCUGCUAAGAGGACCUAGUUUGGGUGUGCAAGAGAGCAAGAUCUAAAUCAACAAUGUGACAAUGCUGAUUCCAAAGCUACACACACACACAUGCAGACACGCGUGCACACACACACACACACACACACACACACACACACACACACACACACAAACAAUGUGCAUUUGCAUAGCUGCGAGAGCACUGAGCUCACCCACGGACAGGCCUAAUGACCUACUCCUUCUCCCAGAGGACCAUCCAUCACCAGUGAUGAGCAAAGAUGGCCGUCGUGAAGCCCAGUCGCCUCCAGUCAAUUUUUCCACUCAGUGUGUCCUGUCCAAGGGAGGUUCUCCAAUCCAGCCCUAGAGGAAUAAUGGGAUCAGAGUGGAAGUAAUUCGGAAGUGUUUAUUGUAUUUGUUAAGUGUGUUGGCUGUGUUUACAUAGUUUGGCUGAUCCUUUGGUCAAUUUUUUGUGGUGAUUCACAUGUAUGAGUUUUAGCUUGCGUGUCUUGAGCAAGGCAGGAUUUCAGUUUAGGAUUGUUUAAGUUUAAAGGGCCAAUCUGCAGUUGCUACAUCCAUUUUCCACUUUGACCUUAAAUUAAUGAUAGAUACCCAUUGAUUCUUUAAGAAUCUAAUUUAUAAAUGCCUCAUGAGCUUUAGUUACACAGUCACACCCCAUCAGAACUUGUUAUACUCCAACGUUUGUAAACAAAAUAAAUGUAAACAAACACUGUAUAGCCUCAAAACAUACUUAAACUAUACAUUUGAUAUCAUGGAUGGUCAGUCCUUGCAUCCAUAGCUCUGUCAAUGAAUUUGAAUGCUUACAUUUCUCCAGCCCCAUCCCUUAGCUUUUUACCGAAACAUUGGCGGGGAAACGCUUUGUUAUUACAGUUUUUUCCAACUGCUUACACACAAUAUCUUUUCAUCUCACACGAUUUUUGAAACCUCUCACUCAAAGUGCAAAACUACACACCAAAUCUCCAAAACCAUAAGCUAUUUCUCAGCCUUUGACUCAGUUGUCAAUUGCAUAAAACACUUUUUUCAAAACCCUACACACAAUUCUCUACCUAAAACACAAAAAUCUAACUUGGUUUCCUUUUCCAAAAACAACCAAUCAAAAUGCUACACUUAUUCACCAGGUCACACACACACUCCUCUCAUGUGCAAACACUAAUUGCUUAACUGAUCACUAACCAAUCACUGCUUUACUGUAGUAUAGGCCUAUAAAUAGGUCAAAGGUCAGAUUACCUGUUUUGAACAAUGGAUGCCAACAAUGGACAGAGAGCAAGAGGAGUAGGAGGGAGAGGCAGAGGACAACAACAAGGACAAAUUCAAAGACGAAGAGUUGGAAGAGGAGGAAGAGGAAGAGGAAGAGGAAGAGGAAGAAGCCAUCCAUUUACUGCACUGCAUUGAAUGAAUGAGGUUGGUUAUCAUGCUGUACUACAUUUUUUUUGUACAUUGUUUACAGUUCCCAUACUGAACACAUACUGUGUUUGAAUUCUGUACAGAGUGGAAAGGCAAAGACAUCAUGGAGGACGAGGAAGCUUGUUUACAGAUGUACAAGAGACUGCAAUUAUAAAUAUGGUUUUGGCCAACAAUGCAAUUAGGAUUCGAGAGAUAAGAGAGCAUAUCUUGAAUAAUGACACCAUAUUUAACAACAUCAAUGCUGUAAGCCUGUCGACCAUACAACGCAUCCUCCAACAGCACCAAGUGACGAUGAAACAACUUUACAAGGUGCCAUUUGAGAGAAACUCUGACAGAGUCAAGAAUCUGCGACAUGACUUUGUAGAGGUAUGUAUGCAACACUACUUCCAGUACUUCAGACAUACCAUAUUUACUAAUCUGUAUAUCAUUUUGUCUGUUACAGAGAGUAUUGGAGAUGGAUGCCCAUGUAAUUCGCCAUGAAUUUAUUUAUGUGGAUGAGGUUGGCUUCAACCUCACCAAAACCAGGCGCCGCGGAAGAAAUGUAAUAGGACAGAGGCCAAUUACCAAUGUCCCUGGACAGCGUGGGGGUAAUAUAACUACGUGUGCUGCCAUCACUCAAAACGGGGUCCUCCAUCACCUCCACACUGUACAACACCGGCCAUAUGCUCACUUUUCUGGAUGCAAUUGACACAAUGCUUGUCCCUGAUCCAGAUCAGGAGCCUGCUAGAUUUGUGGUUAUAUGGGACAAUGUUAGUUUUCACCGGGCUGUUCUGGUCCAAAACUGGUUUGCCACCCAUCCACAAUUUGUAGUUUUGUACCUACCCCCAUAUUCACCUUUUCUAAAUCCCAUAGAGGAAUUCUUCUCAGCCUGGCGCUGGAAAGUGUAUGAUCGCCAAACCUAUGCCCGCAUGCCGCUUCUCCAGGCAAUGGAGGACGCAUGUGGGGACAUAAAGGUUGCCUCUGUCCAAGGUUGGAUACGCCAUGCUAGGAGAUACUUCCCUUGAUGUUUGGCAAGAGAAAAUGUAUCUUGUGAUGUGGACGAAGUAUUGUGACCAGACCCAGCCCGGAGAAGAGAUGAAGCGUAGCUUAGCACUGGUGACUGCCCCCCCCCCCUCCCUACCAAUUCCUGGACUGCACCCCCCGGGACCCCACACACACAAUUGUGUUCUUUACUGUAUUCUAAAUACAGUUUUUUCCAACUGCUUACACACGUUUUCAAAACUAUGUCGCCUUUUUUCAAAACUCUUCACACAAUUCCCAAAACUGCACACACAAAAUGCAAAAUGCCUCACAUCUCCUUCAAAAUGUAACACUGCAUUCAAAAUGCCAUAAACACAUGUCAGAAUGAAGCAUUUGCAUCAAAUGGCAAACACUACUUUCAUAAUAAUACAUUUUUGGAUAUACCAUGUAAACACUGUUGUUCUAAAUCUAAAGCUCUUUGGUCUUUCAUAGGCUUAUAUCUACAUUUCAAUACAAUGUUCUACAGUGAAAGUAAUCUGCUGAGAGGGGUAACAAGUACACUGUAAACACCAAUGCAAUGUAGAAACAGAAAAUAUUUAUUAGGCCAAACAUUACUGUUGUAUAUAGCAGCAUACAACAAAACCAUAAACAUAUGUAAACCAAAAGUAUAUUCUUUAGAAUACAGUAAAGAACACAAUUGUGUGUGGGGGGUCCCGGGGGGGCAGUCCAGGAAAUGGUAGGGGGGGGGGGGGGGGGGGCAGUCACCAGUGCUAAGCUACGCUUCAUCUCUUCUCCGGGCUGGAUCUGGCCACAAUACUUCGUCCACAUCACAAGAUAAGUUUUCUCUUGCCAAACAUCGAGGGGAGUACUAUAUCUCCUAGCAUGGCGUUUCCAACCUUGGACAGAGGCUUUCCUCUAUGUCCCCACAUGCGUCCUCCAUUGCCUGGAGAAGCGGCAUGCGGGCAUAGGGUUGGCGAUCAUACACUUUCCAGCGCCAGGCUGAGAAUAAUUGCUCUAUGGGAUUUAGAAAAGGUGAAUAUGGGGGUAGGUACAAAACUACAAAUUGUGGAUGGGUGGCAAACCAGUUUUGGACCAGAACAGCCCGGUGAAAACUAACAUUGUCCCAUAUAACCACAAAUCUAGCAGGCUCUUGAUCUGGAUCAGGGACAAGCAUUGUGUAAAUUGCAUCCAGAAAAGUGAGCAUAUGGCCGGUGUUGUACGGACCCAGUGUGGCAUUGUGAUGGAGGACCCCGUUUUGAGUGAUGGCAGCACACAUAGUUAUAUUACCCCCACGCUGUCCAGGGACAUUGGUAAUUGCCCUCUGUCCUAUUACAUUUCUUCCGCGGCGCCUGGUUUUGGUGAGGUUGAAGCCAACCUCAUCCACAUAAAUACAUUUACAUGGGCAUCCAUCUCCAAUACUCUCUGUAACAGACAAAAGGAUAUACAGAUGAGUAAAUAUGGUAUGUCUGAAGUACUGGAAGUAGUGUUGCAUACAUACCUCUACAAAGUCAUGUCGCAGAUUCUUGACUCUGUCAGAGUUUCUCUCCAAUGGCACCUUGUAAAGUUGUUUCAUCGUCACUUGGUGCCAUUGGAGGAUGCGUUGUAUGGUCGACAGGCUUACAGCAUUGAUGUUGUUAAAUAUGGUGUCAUUAUUCAAGAUAUGUUCUCUUAUCUCUCAAAUCCUAAUUGCAUUGUUGGCCAAAACCAUAUUUAUAAUUGCAGUCUCUUGUACAUCUGUAAACAAGCGUCCUCGUCCUCCAUGAUGUCUUUGCCUUUCCACUCUGUACAAAAUUCAAACACAGUAUGUGUUCAGCAUAGGAACUGUAAACAAUGUACACAAAAAUGUAGUACAGCAUGAUAACCAACCUCAUUCAUUCAAUGCAGUGCAGUAAAUGGAUGGCUUAGAGUUACAAAUGUUUAUGCAUCACUAUGCAGUCAUACGUAUUUUACAGUACAUUACUGUAAUGUUAAAAUAGUCAUUAGAUAGUUGCAUACCUGUUCUCAUUUCUGAAGGUUCGAAUUAUGGACGCCACUGUAAAUCGACUCAAGUUGGGCAGGACUCUCAGUCCAGCCUCUCUCAUGGUCAAACCGUGGUUGAUCACAUGAUCAACAAGUGUUGCCCUAAUCUCAUCAGAGAUGACUCUCCUUCCUUCUCUUCUUUGCCCUCGUCCUCGUCCUCUUCUUCAUCUUCAUCUUCCUCUUCCUCUUCCUCUUCCUCCUACUCCUCCUCCUCCUCUUCCAACUAUUCGUCUUUGAAUUUGUCCUCGUUGUUGUCCCCUGCCUCUCCCUCCUACUCCUCUUGCUCUCUGUCCAUUGUUGGCAUCCAUUGAUCAAAACAGUCCUAUACUACAGUAAAGCAGUGAUUGGUUAGUGAUCAGUUAAGCAAUUAGUGUUUGCACAUGUGAGGAGUGUGUGUGUGUCCUGGUGAAUAAGUGUAGCAUUUUGAUUGAUUGUGUUUGGAAAAGGAAAGCAAGUCACUUCCUGUUAGAUUUUUGUGUUUUAGGUAGAGAAUUGUGUGUAGUGUUUUGAAAAAAGUGUUUUAUGCAAUUGACAACUGAGUCAAAGGCUGAGAAAUAGCUUAUGGUUUUGGAGAUUUGGUGUGUAGUUUUGCACUUUGAGUGAGAGGUUUCAAAAAUCGUGUGACAUGAAAAGAUUUUGUGUGUAAGCAGUUGGAAAAAACUGUAUUAUACUUUUGGUUUACAUAUGUUUAUGGUUUUGUUGUAUGCUACUGUAUACAACAGUAAUGUUUGGCCUAAUAAAUAUUUUCUGUUUCUACAUUGCAUUGGUGUUUACAGUGUACUUGUUACCCCUCUCAGCAGAUUACUUUCACUGUAGAACAUUGUAUUGAAAUGUAGAUAUAAGCCUAUGAAAGACCAAAGAGCUUUAUAUUUAGAACAACAGUGUUUACAUGGUAUAUCCAAAAAUUUACUAUUAUGAAAUAAGUGUUUGCCAUUUGAUGCAAAUGCUUCAUUCUGACAUGUGUUUAUGGCAUUUUGAAUGCAGUGUUACAUUUUGAAGGAGAUGUGUGGCAUUUUGCAUAUGUCUCCUUUUUUUUUGAAAAAAGGAGACGUAGUUUUGAAAACGUGUGUAAGCAGUUGGAAAAAACUGUAAUUCAACUGCUGACUGCCCCUUUAAGUUACAGCUAGGUGCUUUUUUCUGAUAUUUUCAUGAAGUGUUAUAGCAGAGAAAGCUGCUGUAGAAGACCUUAUGACAUGGUGAUAGGCAGAGCUCUCCUCAAUAAAAACAAAACAUCUCACUGAUCCUCCCUCUUAGUAACCACUCAGACAAACCCUGCAGCUAUUUAUGAAAUGUGCAUUGGUUAUCACCUUCUAAUAACAUUCAGAUGACAUUUAUGAAAGGCCUUAUGAUUUAUUUAUCUAUUACAUAAUAAAACAAUGAGCAUUGCUCCUGAGACCUGGAACAGAGUGUGUCCUAGAGAACAUGAAGCAUACUGCACACACUGUGUCCUUUUCACAACAUGUGCAUAACAUCUUCUCUGAAGAAGAGCCAAUUAGCUAUCUCAAUUGUUUUAUGUAAACAUUUUACAUUGAGUUGCUCUCAUACUUGUUUAGUAAUGAUGUAAUCACUAUGGUAGCACAAUUGUUUAGUAAUAUGUUGUUACCAUAGGUGCAAACGCUUAGUAAUUCUGUCCCUUGGUUGUCAAAGGUAUCCCCUUUCUUUGUGGUUCAUCAGUACAAGGUCAUAGAGUCAAUUGCUACAUGUCCUUUUGCUGAAGUAUUUAUUCUUUACAAAUAACAGGCUAACUAGAGGUCUGCUGGCCUCUGCCCUCAGUAUAGCCCUAGGUGUGUGUGUGUGUGUGUGUGUGUGUGUGUGUGUGUGUGUGUGUGUGUGUGUGUGUGCAAUGCCGGAGGUGAUGACCACACUGCAUUCUGAGCUCCUGCCAGUUGACAUUUGACCUCCAUUGUGGUUAUGAAUAUUAAUUUGGUCCUCAAGCUCUAGGUCAGUUGUAACCGUGACAAAGCUUUGGUCAGUUUGAACAUUCUGUUAUGUUGGAGAUUUCAUCUGUCAUUCUUAAUCCUCUCUGCCUCAUAUCCAAGACGAUAACAAAAUCCUCUUCUUCCCUUAGCUAUCUGUGUUAUGGUUGGCUAAUAUUCCAAUCUCGUCUUAUCGAUUCUGGUGGCUUGGUUGUGAACAGUUUCCCUUUGAUGUAGAUUGAUGAUUGGGGUUAUGAUUCUGUCUAUUUAUAAACAUCCAGUCAUUUUAGACUGGAAAUACAGAUAAGUCCCUGUUGUAGAACGGCCAAACUGUUGGGGUUUGGACCAGGCUGUUAGGUGACUGAGUCAAUGUUUGCUUGUUUUGGAGUUGGAGAAACGCAGCCAGAAGUUUCCUAAUGUUUCAUACACUGGAAACCCCUCUCAUUGGAGCCAGAGCUAGAGCCAACCCCUCAUUGUUAGAUCAGAAAUAUAGAGGGAGAAACAAAACAAAUGCAGUCUUGAUAGGAAACACACAGUUGGCAAAGGCUGAGGCUAUUCAUCAAAGCAUGGUUUCCCCUCAUUUCUCCCCAAACUCUUUGUCUCUGGUGGCUGCUGACAGUACGUGCACGUUUUUCUUCAAAAGCACAUUCAACAAUUUACAUUUGAUUCUUUAGUUUGCCUUUAGAUAUCUCACUGCAGUUCGCUGAAUGCACAUACUAUACAGUGAAGUAAAAUGUUUGAUCAUUAUGCUCUCAGACCACUUACUGUAUAUGUGCCACUGUUUCAUAUACCUUUACUUUACUUCUAUCUUUUUUUGUGUUUAUCUUCACGCGUUAACGAGGCAGACACUUUGCAUCCUUCCCUAAACUCUCAUACCAAACACAGUCCUGGCCAAAGGUCUCUCACCCAGUUAACACUCCUGUUUACACUACCAGUAAACACCAGUGAAACCAGUCUUCUGCCCCUGCACUGCACCUCUUUCUGUUGUCCAGUUUGGGUCUUUGUCUCUCUAUGGUUUCUGCCCCUGUGUAACCUCUUUCUCUGAGCUCCUUGGGUUCCACAUGUGGUCUUGGGGGCUCAAGCUCUGUUGAUUUUGGCAGGAAAUGUCAACAUAUUUGGCAGCAGAUUGUCUGUGUUUGUAUGUUCGUGUGUGUGUGUGUGUGUGUGUGCAGUUGAUUACUGAGAUGUAUCAUUGAACACAUUGUGUUUUGGCGGUAUCAUAAACACAAGCCCUCUGUUUGUUAAUUAGCUUCUUGUUUCCAUUGGAUAUGUUCACAAAGCCAGUCUUAUAACUAUGAUUGGUCCAAUUCAAAGCAGCCUCUGUCUGUGUAUGUAGAGUAAGAGGAAAGGCAUACAUCGUGCCCAAUGUGUGUCUGUGUGCCCACCAUGCUGACCUUACUGAAUGCUCUCCUCUCCCCCAGUGAGACGUCAGAACAUGAAGGUGAGGAUCAAUGCUACAGGGGACACCAUCGUGAUGAAGUUUGUCCGUCCCAACACUGACACCAAGCUGGAGGGCUACAUCCUGGGCUACGGAAGCAGCAUGUUCUCUAAACAGUUCAUCCAACUCCCAGAGGAUGGACUGCCCUACGAGACUGAGAUCGGUGAGGCGUUUGUGUGUGUGUGUUUUGUGUGUUAUGUAUGAUUGCAUGAUCAUUCCCCAGGGCAUUGACACCAUAAUCAAACUGUGAAUGAUGCCAUGCAGGUUUUCCAAAGGAAUACAAAGAUUUGAGCCUUUGAGGCUUUACAGACUAGAAACUAUAGAGUGCUCUCGCACACAUUUUAGUCAUGGUUUGAUUAUAUGCAUCACCGACAGAGAACACAUCUGUGCAGACUCACUUUGACUCCUUCAACACGCACACACACCAACACACCAGUGGAGGCUGCUGAGGAGAUGGCGGCUCAUAAUAAUGGCUGGAACAGAGCAAAUGGAAUGGCAUCAAACACAUGGGAACCAUGUAUUUGAUACCAUUCUACCUAUUUCGCUCCAGCCAUUACCACGAGCCCGUUCUCCCCAAUUAAGGUGCCACCAACCUCCUGAGCUACACACAUGUAGAUGCACACACACACCUCACUCUCAGUGUGAUGUCAAAGACAGCCUGCCCUUUCUGGAAUGUUCGGUCAGGUCACAUAUGAGAACGUCCAAACUCAAUCCCAUUGAGGGCCUCCUGAAACACAAUAACAUUCAGAGACAUUAAUUAACAACCUAUCUUCUGUUAUCAAGGCUAAACCCUGACUCUCUAUUCCAGAUGCCGAGCCCAAGUACCUGAUCGCUGUCCAGCCCAUCCCAGUCAAUGAUGUGAAGAAACAGUGCACAGGUACUGCACAUGCACCAACUCCAAGUGUUACCAGUAAUAAUGUGAUAAAUUACAUUGACUCUUUUCUUAUUUAUGCCCAUUCCUUUGAAUCUGACGAGGUUGACCUUCGAACUGACCCCUGUGACUCCACAGGCAAGGUGAACCUGGAGAAGCCCCUGCACCUGGUGAUUGGAUCUGUGACCCCCACCUCGGUGCUGCUGUCCUGGGGGACCUUCCUCAAGACGCCCUACGAGGGGAACAUCAUGAACGAUUGCCUGGAGGACGGGUGAGUUAGCACACAAACGCACUACACACGUGCACGCUCAGCAGAGUGAGCCAGUACAAGUACACAGCCCACGUCCCAACCUGCCUACAGAGGUUCCAGUGCUUGUUCGUCAUGCUGCUGUCUGUCCACAGACAUACAGGGCAAUAAGGGUGCACAGAUGUGCCAAAAAGCACACAGUGAGUCACACCACAGUAAGAAGAUUAUUUUCACAGCUUGAAGAAUAACAAAGCUGUUUUUCACUCAAACUCACCCUCAUAUCAUCUACAACAGACACCUUUAAACAUAUGGUAGAACUGCAACACAUCGUCUGCCAGUCUUUCUGGUUACUGAGUGGAGGUGGAAGGCAGUGGGCAAGGGCACAUGCGUUCAGUAGUGGUGGAGUGAUCCUCAUCCUACACAUCAACUCAUUGACACACUCUUCUCUACUUCUCUAAACUUCCAAAGUUCUCUCCCAGUGGAGAGAGCUUUGGAAAAGCCAUUGGAAAGCUUGACCUCACCCUGCUCUUCUCCCAGGCCCUACUGGCUUUUUAAACUCUCUAAUGUCAGUUACGGCUGUCACUGCCCUGUGCCCCUGGGCUGCACAACACUUCUCAACCAGGAUACUAGAACUUACAGCUUUGCUUUCAUGGCAUUCACUGACACAAAAUGGUGGACAGACUGUCACAGUUUCAUAACAAGCCAUUGUUUUAACUUACAAAUCAGUCCUAGAAAACGGUGCCAUCAUAAUGCUUUAAUAUCCAUGUUAGUUAACACAGUCACUACAGCAUACACAAUGUUAUAAUACUACUGAUGAAAAUGUGUGAUAAUGAACAAUGUUGUGUUCUAUCUGUGUUGACCCAGGAACUACACGGUGCGCUACCGUGAGAGGAACAGGAAGUGGACCUACCAGACGUGCCCUGCCAGCGACACGGUCAUUGACAACCUACAGCCUAACAUGGCCUAUGAGUUUGGUGUCCGCCCCAACAAUAAGGAACGCAGCGGAGUGUGGAGCAAGCCAGUGAUCCACAACACCAACAUGAGCGGUACGUCACCUAAACCCUUCCCCUCUUUCCUUCCAUCGCUCAAAUCAUUCCCCCUUUAAAUGGCCAAAAUUGAUGCAGCGUUGACUCUGUCAGUAUCUAACAGAUCACAUUUUAUAUAUACUGUAUAUUCCUUAUGGUCCAAUACUAGUAAUAUAUAUUCUAUUAGUUCCAGUUGUUCAUUAGUUUUGUGUUGUGGUUGUGUUUUGCAGAGAAGGCCAUGCAGAAACCCUACAAAACAAGGACCCCUCUGAAGCCUGUGGUAAGUACUGCACUCAUUACUCUUUUACUGUGAUCUAGUGAUUAUGUAGUGUGCUCUAGUAUGUGUGCUCUAGUAUGUCAUUUUUUUUUUUUUUUUAUUAUUUAUUGAUUUUUUUUAAAUAAAAAUGACUCUAGUAUGUACAGUGCCUUGCAAAAGUAUUCAUCCCCCUUGGCGUUUUACCUAUUUUGUUACAUUACAACCUAUAAUUUAAAUUGAUUUUUAUUUGGAUUUCAUGUAAUGGACAUACACAAAAUAGUCCAAAUUGGUGAAGUGAAAUGAAAAAAUUACUUAAUUUUUUUUUUUUAAACAAUAAAUAACGGAAAAGUGGUGCGUGCAUAUGUAUUCACCCCCUUUGCUAUGAAGCCCCUAAAUAAGAUAUGGUGCAACCAAUUACCUUCAGAAGUCACAUACAGUGAGGGAAAAAAGUAUUUGAUCCCCUGCUGAUUUUGUACGUUUGCCCACUGUUAGAUUAAUUUGUAUUUUAAGAAUAAUGACUAAAGGACUUAACACCCACUGACAAAGACAUGAUCAGUCUAUAAUUUUAAUGGUAGGUUUAUUUGAACAGUGAGAGACAGAAUAACAACAAAAAAAUCCAGAAAAACGUAUGUCAAAAAUGUUAUGAAUUGAUUUGCAUUUUAAUGAGGGAAAUAAGUAUUUGACCCCUCUGCAAAACAUGACUUAGUACUUGGUGGCAAAACCCUUGUUGGCAAUCACAGAGGUCAGACGUUUCUUGUAGUUGGCCACCAGGUUUGCACACAUCUCAGGAGGGAUUUUGUUCCACUGCUCUUUGCAGAUCUUCUCCAAGUCAUUAAGGUUUCGAGGCUGACGUUUGGCAACUCGAACCUUCAGCUCCCUCCACAGAUUUUCUAUGGGAUUAAGGUCUGGAGACUGGCUAGGCCAAUCCAGGACCUUAAUGUGCUUCUUCUUGAGCCACUCCUUUGUUGCCUUGGCUGUGUGUUUUGGGUCAUUGUCAUGCUGGAAUACCCAUCCACGACCCAUUUUCAAUGCCCUGGCUGAGGGAAGGAGGUUCUCACCCAAGAUUGACAGGUCUUUUGUGUUUCUUCCAUUUGCGAAUAAUCGCACCAACUGUUGUCACCUUCUCACCAAGCUGCUUGGCGAUGGUCUUGUAGCCCAUUCCAGCCUUGUGUAGGUCUACAAUCUUGUCCCUGACAUCCUUGGAGAGGUCUUUGGUCUUGGCCAUGGUGGAGAGUUUGGAAUCUGAUUGAUUGACUGCUUCUGUGGACAGGUGUCUUUUAUACAGGUAACAAGCUGAGAUUAGGAGCACUCCCUUUAAGAGUGUGCUCCUAAUCUCAGCUCGUUACCUGUAUAAAAGACACCUGGGAGCCAGAAAUCUUUCUGAUUGAGAGGGGGUCAAAUACUUAUUUCCCUCAUUAAAAUGCAAAUCAAUUUAUAACAUUUUUGACAUGCGUUUUUCUGGAUUUUUUUGUUGUUAUUCUGUCUCUCACUGUUCAAAUAAACCUACCAUUAAAAUUAUAGACUGAUCAUUUCUUUGUCAGUGGGCAAAUGUACAAAAUCAGCAGGGGAUCAAAUUAUUUUUUCCCUCACUAUAAUUAGUUAAAUAAAGUUCACCUGUGUGCAAUCUAAGUGUCACAUGAUCUGUCACAUGUUCUGAAAGGCCCCAGAGUCUGCAACACCACUAAGCAAGGGGCACCACCAAGCAAGCGGCACCAUGAAGACCAAGGAGCUCUCCAAACAGGUCAGGGACAAAGUUGUGGAGAAGUACAGAUCAGGGUUGGGUUAUAAAAAAAUAUCUGAAAUUUUGAACAUCCCACGGAGCACCAUUAAAUCCAUUAUUCAAAAAUGGAAAGAAUAUGGCACCACAACAAACAUGCCAAGAGAGGGCCUCCCAUCAAAACUCACGGACCAGGCAAGGUGUCACGCCCUGGCUCUGGGACUCUGUUAUGUUGAGCCAGGGUGUGUUGUUUCUAUGUGUUUUGUGUGCUAGGGUUAUAUUCUAGUUCAUUUGUUUCUAUGUUGGCCAGUGUGGUUCUCAAUCAGAGGCAACGUGUAUCAGCUGUUGCUUGUUGUCUCUGAUUGGGAACCACAGUGUGUUGUGGGAUCUUGUUCCGUAUAGUUUGUAUUGUAACCAAGGACUUCACGUUUCGUAUCGUUUGUUGUUUUGUUCGUGUGGUGAAUCCAAAAUAAAGGAUGUUCACUUAUCACGCUGCGCAUUGGUCCACUUCCUCCGACGAUCGUGACACAAGGAGGGCAUUAAUCAGAGAGGCAACAAAGAGACCAAAGAUAACCCUGAAGGAGCUGCAAAGCUCCACAACGGAGAUUGGAGUAUCUGUCCAUAGGACCACUUUAAGCCGUACACUCCACAGAGCUGGGUUUUACGGAAGAGUGGCCAGAAAAAAGCCAUUGCUUAAAGAAAAAAAUAAGCAGACACGUUUGUUCGCCAAAAGGCAUUUGGGAGACUCCUCAAACAUAUGGAAGAAGGUACUCUCGUCAGAUGAGACUAAAACUGAGCUUUUUGGCCAUCAAGAAAAAUGCUAUGUCUGGCGCAAACCCAACACCUCUCAUCACCCCGAGAACACCAUCCCCACAGUGAAGCAUGGUGGUGGCAGCAUCAUGCUGUGGCAGGGACUGGGAAACCCCUGGGGGGGUGUUAUGCACGCUAAAGUUUUCCAUUUUUUGGUGUUAUUUCUUGUUUGUUUCACAAGAAAAAAAAUUUGCAUCUUCAAAGUGGUAGGCAUGUUGUGUAAAUCAAAUGAUACAUUUUAAUUCCAGGUUUAAUUCCAGGUUGAUACAAAUGAUACAACAUUUUAAUUCCAGGUUGUAAGGCAACAAAAUAAGAAAAAUGCCAAGGGGGGUGAGUACUUUCGCAAGCCACUGUAGUGUGCUCUAGUAUAUAGUAUGCUCUACUAGUAUGUAGUGUGCUCUAGUAAGUAGUGUGCUCUAGUAUGUAGUGUGCUCUAGUAUGUAGUGUGCUCUAGUAUGUAGUGUGCUCUAGUAUGUAGUGUGCUCUAGUAUGUAGUGUGCUCUAGUAUGUAGUGUGCUGUAGUAAGUCUUUAGUAAGUCUACAGAGUGCAAUAUAAGAGCUGCUUGGAGCACUUUCUUUCCAUUCCUGCUCCUUAGUGGAAAAUAGCUAAACAAGCAGCUAAUCAUAGUUGGCCAAGACCAGUAAAGAGGAACAUAGCCAGCUAAUAUCUGCAUUACUGAGGAGGAGAGGAGAAGAGUGAAAGGAGAACUGGAGGAAAAAGAGGGCAAAGUAAAUAUUGGAUUUUGGAAAGAGGUGGAGCAGAAAGGAGAGGAGAAAAGAGAGUGGAGGGAAAGAUGGAGAGAAGCAUUGGCCUUGAGUUUCUGGCCAUGCUUAGUGACUGGACUGUGUGUCUCUGUCGUCUCACGUGCCCCCGGCCCCACUCUCGUAAAGCUGCACAGCUGGCCAGCAUCAGCCGCAACACUGGCACUUCCUGAGGGAAAGUUGGAAUAACGAUCUUCCCGCCGGAGAGCUUACAGAUCAGACACGGAGAAGAGGGCAUAGGGUUAUGUGUGAGAGAGAGAGAGAGAGAGAGAGAGAGAGAUUAGAGAGAGAGAGAAGAGCGAGAGAGAGAGAUAGGAGCGAGAUAUAUAUAGCGAUCUACUCGAGAUCGCUCGAUAGAGAUCUGCUUGAGCUUAGAGCUUGCUCACAUCUCUAUAGAGUCCCCGAGGCUCCUAUCCUGCUUCCAUAUAUAGGAGAGAGACAAUUGAUUAUUUCACUCACUAAAUUAGUGAAGUAGAUAGCUCUUCAUAUUCUCAUUGUUGUGUCAUUUUUUAAAUUGUAUUUUAUUUAACCUUUAUUUGUCCAGGCAAGUCAAUUAAGAACUAAUUAAGAACUUAUUUACAAUGACAGCCUGUUCAGUGACGACUCGAAAGUGCGGUAAUGUUCAAUGAUCAUACAGUAUCAUGGCUGAUCUCUCUUUCUCCACCACCUCCCUCCACCCAUCUCUCUCUCUCUCCCCCCAUCUCUCUCUCACUCUCUUUCUCUCUCCUAACAGAAAACGGCCAACAUGCCACAGGCCUUCUUCCCUCCUCGUCACGGUAAGUCAAUAGACACAGACAGACACACACAUUGAUUUGAUUUUGAUUUCACACACACACACACACACACAUACACACACACACACACACACACACACAGACACAUUUUAUUAUUUAUCCUGAUUGCCUAGUCACUUUUACCCCUACCUACAUGUACAUAUUACCUCAAUUACCUGGACUACCUCGUACACCUGCACAUGGACUCUGUACUGGUACUCCUUUUUGUGUUAUGUUUUCCUUCUUUUAUGUAGCUUUUUUGUUAUUAUAAUUGUUUUGCAUUAUUGGGGAAAGGCUCAUAAGUAAGCAUUUCACGAUAAAGAUAAAGUCUACACCUGUUGUAUUCGGCGCAUGUAACAAAAACAUUUUGAUUUGACACACAAACAUGCACACACACACACACACACACGAACACACACUCCUGCUUUGGUCAUACCCACUGAACCCUGGUUUAAUACAGCUGCAAAGACUUUACAGGACAUGAUGAUUUAUCACUCUCCCUCCGAAACGUCUGUUUCACCCCUCCUCACUGAACCCUGUUCUGAGGAACCAGCACUGGAAUAAUUUUUAACAGGACGUCUGAUUUACGACUCUGCAGACACGACCUCAUCAUCAUUCAAUUCCAGGUUAUACAGUAAUCUCUUAUUCUUCCUUCUGAAUCCCACAGUGUUUAUUCCAGGUGACCAGAGAAGAUGGUAUUCCUGUGUACCUGUCUACUGUACAUGCAGUACAUCUUGCCUUUGAUGAUGAUGUGAUCAUCAAGAUACAUGCUUGCUAGGGCUGUCAAUGUUUUUUGAAUCAUCUUUGUGACAGGCAUAGUGUACUUAACUCAUGCCAUACUGUACAAUCUGCGCUGAACUGUAAUGCACUGAGCCCAUACAGACAUACUGCACUGCACUGCAAUGAACUGAACAGAGCUACACUGUGCAUGCCAUUUUCAUUGGGAAACUCCAGGAUGGGAAAGUGAUGAUAGCUGUUUUUAUGUGUGUCCCUUCCUUCUGUUCAGCUGUCCAUAACAGGAGCCAGGGCAGAACCCUCUUCAGGACCCCUGUAGUUCCAAGGACCACCUUCGGUAAUGAGCCAUGCAACUAUGUCCUAUGAUCUCUCCUUCUUGAUCUUAUUCCCUCUUGACCUUGCAGUCUUUUAAAUCUUACACUUUUCCUCAGAAAAACAUUGACACCAUUUCACAGUUUACAUCCUGUAGCAGGACAUAAAAUCUCUCUCAACAGAUUGUGUGUGGUUCUUAAGGUUUGCUAUGUUCCUCAGCGCCAACCUCGGCCAAUAAACAGCACUUCAUGCCCACUCCCCGACCCACAAUGCCUCAGGUGCAGCACGAGCCAACCGGUAAACAGACAGACACUUUAAUCUCUAAUGAGACAGGAAGGCUUAACUGUCAGUCAGCUUGGCUGCAGCCAUUGAAAAGCUGGGUGGGCGGGGUUUCAGAGGGAUCUUUCUUAUGAUUGGCUGCAUGAGUAAGAUUGGCAUGCACUGAGUACAGUAAGUACAGUGAGGGAAAAAAGUAUUUGAUCCCCUGCAGAUUUUGUACGUUUGCCCACUGACAAAGACAUGAUCAGUCUAUCAUUUUAAUGGUAAGUUUAUUUGAACAGUGAGAGACAGAAUAACAACAACAAAAAUCCAGAAAAACGCAUGUCAAAAAUGUUAUAAAUUGAUUUGCAUUUUAAUGAGGGAAAUAAGUAUUUGACCCCCUCUCAAUCAGAAAGAUUUCUGGCUCCCAGGUGUCUUUUACACAGGUAACGAGCUGAUAUUAGGAGCACACUCUUAAAGGGAGUGCUCCAAAUCUCAGCUUGUUACCUGUAUAAAAGACACCUGUCCACAGAAGCAAUCAAUCAAUCAGAUUCCAAACUCUCCACCAUAGUCAAGACCAAAGAGCUCUCCAAGGAUGUCAGGGACAAGAUUGUAGACCUACACAAGGCUGGAAUGGGCUAUAAGACCAUCGCCAAGCAGCUUGGUGAGAAGGUGACAACAGUUGGUGCGAUUAUUCGCAAAUGGAAGAAACACAAAAGAACUGUCAAUCUCCCUCAGCCUGGGGCUCCAUGCGAGAUCUCACCUCGUGGAGUUGCAAUGAUCAUGAGAACGGUGAGGAAUCAGCCCAGAACUACACGGGAGGAUCUUGUCAAUGAUCUCAAGGCAGCUGGGACCAUAGUCACCAAGAAAACAAUUGGUAACACACUACGCCGUGAAGGACUGAGAUCCUGCAACGCCCGCAAGGUCCCCCUGCUCAAGAAAGCACAUACACAGGCCCGUCUGAAGUUUGCCAAUGAACAUCUGAAUGAUUCAGAGGAGAACUGGGUGAAAGUGUUGUGGUCAGAUGAGACCAAAAUCGAGCUCUUUGCCAUCAACUCAACUCGCUGUGUUUGGAGGAGGAGGAAUGCUGCCUAUGACCCCAAGAACACCAUCCCCACCGUCAAACAUGGAGGUGUAAACUUUGGGGGUGUUUUUCUGCUAUGGGGACAGGACAACUUCACCGCAUCAAAGGGACGAUGGACGGGGCCAUGUACCGUCAAAUCUUGGGUGAGAACCUCCUUCCCUUAGCCAGGGCAUUGAAAAUGGGUCGUGAAUGGGUAUUCCAGCAUGACAAUGACCCACACACGGCCAAGGCAACAAAGGAGUGGCUCAAGAAGAAGCACAUUAAGGUCCUGGAGUGGCCUAGCCAGUCUCCAGACCUUAAUCCCAUAGAAAAUCUGUGGAGGGAGCUGAAGGUUCAAGUUGCCAAACAUCAGCCUCGAAACCUUAAUGACUUGGAGAAGAUAUGCAAAGAGGAGUGGGACAAAAUCCCUCCUGAGAUGUGUGCAAUCCUGGUGGCCAACUACAAGAAACGUCUGACCUCUGUGAUUGCCAACAAGGGUUUUGCCACCAAGUACUAAGUCAUGUUUUGCAGAGGGGUCAAAUACUUAUUUUCCUCAUUCAAAUGCAAAUCAAUUUAUAACAUUUUUGACAUGCAUUUUUCUGGAUUUUGUUGUUGUUAUUCUGUCUCUCACUGUUCAAAUAAACCUACCAUUAAAAUUAUAGACUAAUCAUGUCUUUGUCAGUGGGCAAACGUACAAAAUCAGCAGGGGAUCAAAUACUUUUUUCCCUCACUGUAGAGAGCCCCGGAUCUCAGGAGAAGAUGACUGUCAGUUCCAAUACUGCCUCAGACAAUUCCCAAGGAGGCUGAGGUAGGUUGCUAUGGCAGCAUGGCUUAGCCACGUGGUUGUAUGGUCCUACUGAGAACAUCCCAUGACCUUUUGAGCACAUUGCAUAAGCGCUGCUUGUUCCCGCAAUGCGUUUCUCAUCAGUUUCGUCCCACAAACAAGUCAAUCGUCUUUCUCUGUCUUCCUCUACACUCUUAGAAAAAAGGGUUCCAAAAGGGUUCUUCGACUGUUCCCAUAGGAUAACCCUUUUUGGUUCCAGGAAGAACCUUCUCUGGAAAGGGUUCUACAUGUAACCCAAAAGGGUUCUACCUUGAACCAAAAAGGGUUCUUCAAAGGGUUCUCUUAUGGGGACAGCUGAUAAACCCUUUUAGGUUCUAGAUAGCACCUUUUUUUUCUAAGAGUGUAUCUUUGUCUCACUUCUUUACGGUCUGUCCAUCCAUUUGUCCAUACUGUGUAUCAAUCAGCAUCUUAUACCAUAAUACCAGUCCACAUUCAUUAAUCUGUUGAUUUCAAGACAUUUAAAACAUUCUACUCACAUUCCCCAACACAACUGUUCAUUUAGAAUCAGUAUUUUAACCCACGGUGCUUUGCUUUCAGCAAGUUGCAGUCUAGAAGGUGUUCAGUCCAGUCUGCAUGAUAAAGUAGCAUGCUACAAAAUGACCCCACUUUCUCCCCAACAGGAACAGAGCCUCAGAUCUACCAUAAAAUGUCCUAAUUUCUCAUCUUCGAUACUCUGUACCUCCUUUCUAUUCCACCCCCAUCUCUUCCCUUCCUAUCCUAUCCUUCAUUGUAUUCCUAUUCGUCUAUCGUUCAUGUUGUCCAUCUGGAACAAGUGUUAGCAAAACGUUAAGUUUAAAGCUCUACCUGUCUGUUUAUAACACAACUACACCACAAGCACCAUUCCCCCCCCCCCCCCCCCCCCCCCCCUAGCAUCACCAUUACAUGCCCAUUAACAUGAGAAGUGACACUGAAACACUGGAAUGCCAUGUUAUCUACUCAUCUACAACGUUCCCCUUCCUCUCUCUCUCUCGCUCUCUCUCUCUCUCUGUUCCCUCUCUUCUCUCCCUUUGUGAGUCGAGGUAAAGUACCUGAUCGGAUUAAACAAUCGAUCAAAGAUGGUCAUUAAAAUCCCUCGCUAGGUGAUCAAUACUCCCUCUGUUAAAACCUCAUGGUUCACAGUCCUCCAGAGGCACACAGCCAAAUGUAUUUUGGACGGCCGUAUGUCACAGGUGUCCUAGGUUUGGUAGCCUGGUAGCAGCGUAUGUGUGUAGUAACACAGUCGUUACACUGAAAACUGCUCCAUAUGGGCUCAGCUCCUUUGAAAUCCAACCCUCUGUAUCAACCUCGUGCCAGGUAGAGAUGAUAUCUGUUAUGUGCUGAUUGGAUAAGUUUCCCCAGUCCAAGUCGUAAACACAUAUCAGCCUGGUUAUCGGAGAGCCUUUCUAUCUGUUCUCUAUGGUUCUUCUAUUUCAUCUGUUAAAGGAUUCUAUGGUUUCUCUCUCUAAGCCAUUCUAUUUCUAUGCCAAUUUCUCCUCUUCGUUUUCCAGUGUCAAAGACCUGUCCAUGGUGUACUGUCUGUUCUAUUAGAUUAUAUUUCUAUGGCCUCAUGUACCACUAUCCUCUCUCACCCACCCCAGGACGAGCAGAUCAGAUCAUAUCUGCCUCCUCUCCUUCUGUGGGUGUCACCCGUGCCUCACCCGCCGUCUCCCUGCCCUCCCCCUACCUCCCCUUACCCUCCCCCCCACCUCCCCUUACCCUCCCCCCACCUCCCCUUACCCUCCCCCCAGCUCCAUCACUCCCCCACCCUCCCCCAUGCCUCCCCCCAGCUCCUGCCCUCCCCCAAUCUUCCCCUGGCUUCCCCAGCUGACCCUAUGCUUAACCCCAAUCGUAACGGACAGAGACACAGGGGACCGGCCCAGGCCAGACCCCAACAGGCAAGGCCCCAACAGGCAAGGCCCAGGCCCAAGCCUCAGGCACAGCCCCAACAGCCUGCUAAGGUCAACCAGAACCUACAGACCCCCACGGGUAAAGAUCCUGCUCUCGCCCCUCAGUUAGGCUGUAACAGAGCCAUAGAAACAUGUAUAAUGGAUCAUUGAGUCGCAGCUUCUUAUCCUCUGAUAAAAAAGUAAGUUAUCUCUCACACAGCUCCCAGCCAAUAUCAGGUGGGACAACCUCUGCCAAGACCCGCCAUCGUCACUGAGAGGGCCAAUAGUAACAUCCAGGGUAACGAUGACAACAUUUAGUCCUAUCACCAUCUCUGUUGUCAUCCAACCUCAUGAAACCCAAAGCUCUCAUUGGUCAUGUCUGUUCACAAUCAAUCAUUCAUUGGAUGACCUCAUACAGUGGGGAAAAAAAGUAUUUAGUCAGCCACCAAUUGUGCAAGUUCUCCCACUUAAAAAGAUGAGAGAGGCCUGUAAUUUUCAUCAUAGGUACACGUCAACUAUGAUAGACAAAAUGAGAUUUAUUUUCUCCAGAAAAUCAAAUUGUAGGAUUUUUUAUGAAUUUAUUUGCAAAUUGUGGUGGAAAAUAAGUAUUUGGUCACGUACAAACAAGCAAGAUUUCUGGCUCUCACAGACCUGUAACUUCUUCUUUAAGAGGCUCCUCUGUCCUCCACUUGUUACCUGUAUUAAUGGCACCUGUUUGAACUUGUUAUCAGUAUAAAAUACACCUGUCCACAACCUCAAACAGUCACACUCCAAACUCCACUAUGGCCAAGACCAAAGAGCUGUCAAAGGACACCAGAAACAAAAUUGUAGACCUGCACCAGGCUGGGAAGACUGAAUCUGCAAUAGGUAAGCAGCUUGGUUUGAAGAAAUCAAUUGUGGGAGCAAUUAUUAGGAAAUGGAAGACAUACAAGACCACUGAUAAUCUCCCUCGAUCUGGGGCUCCACGCAAGAUCUCACCCUGUGGGGUCAAAAUGAUCACAAGAACGGUGAGCAAAAAUCCCAGAACCACACGGGGGGACCUAGUGAAUGACCUGCAGAGAGCUGGGACCAAAGUAACAAAGCCUACCAUCAGUAACACACUAGGCCGCCAGGGACUCAAAUCCUGCAGUGCCAGACGUGUCCCCCUGCUUAAGCCAGUACAUGUCCAGGCCCGUCUGAAGUUUGCUAGAGUGCAUUUGGAUGAUCCAGAAGAGGAUUGGGAGAAUGUCAUAUGGUCAGACGAAACCAAAAUAGAACUUUUUGGUAAAAACUCAACUCGUCGUGUUUGGAGGACAAAGAAUGCUGAGUUGCAUCCAAAGAACACCAUACCUACUGUGAAGCAUGGGGGUGGAAACAUCAUGCCUUGGGGCUGUUUUUCUGCAAAGGGACCAGGACGACUGAUCCGUGUAAAGAAAAGAAUGAAUGGGGCCAGGUAUCGUGAGAUUUUGAGUGAAAACCUCCUUCCAUCAGCAAGGGCAUUGAAGAUGAAACGUGGCUGGGUCUUUCAGCAUGACAAUGAUCCCAAACACACUGCCCGGGCAACGAAGGAGUGGCUUCAGAAGAAGCAUUUCAAGGUCCUGGAGUGGCCUAGCCAGUCUCCAGAUCUCAACCCCAUAGAGAAUCUUUGGAGGGAGUUGAAAGUCCGUGUUGCCCAGCGACAGCCCCAAAACAUCACUGCUCUAGAGGAGAUCUGCAUGGAGGAAUGGGCCAAAAUACCAGCAACAGUGUGUGAAAACCUUGUGAAGACUUACAGAAAACGUCUGACCUGUGUCAUUGCCAACAAAGGGUAUAUAACAAAGUAUUGAGAAACUUUUGUUAUUGACCAAAUACUUAUUUUCCACCAUAAUUUGCAAAUAAAUUCAUUAAACAUCCUACAAUGUGAUUUUCUGGAUUUUUUUUUCUCAUUUUGUCUGUCAUAGUUGACGUGUACCUAUGAUGAAAAUUACAGGCCUCUCUCAUCUUUUUAAGUGGGAGAACUUGCACAAUUGGUGGCUGACUAAAUACUUUUCCCCCCCACUGUAGCUUACCCAUAAUACCAUUUUCAUCACUCCACACUCUGUUGCUAUGGGUUGAAGUCUGUGUUGCACCACAUACCUGGGAUCAAAUACGUGGUAUUUAAAAUACUUUUUUCUGUGUAUUUGAGUAUUUUCAAAUACACAGCCCAAAACAAAUACUUUUAUUUGAGAAUUUUAAUGGUUAUUUGUAAAAACCAAAUAGUCUACCAAAUGUAUUUGAGAGUAUUUUCAAAUACUUAUUUAAAAUAAUAUUUUCAAAUACUUGCAGGUUAAAUGCAUGGGAGUGUAUUUUAAAAUACUUCCCAAGUGUAUUUCCAAAUACAUUAAAAUAUUCAGCUACUUUUCUUUUCAAAGAAAAUAGUUACUUUGAAUGUAUGUAAAAUAAAUGGAGAUAUUUGAACCCAGGUCUGUUGUACCAUCAACCCCUUCUCUUAUUGUCACAAACACCAGACAGGUGGAGUGAAAUGUGUUGUUUUACAGGGUCAGCCAUAGUAGUACGGCGCCCCUUGAGCAAAUUAGGGUUAAGUGCCUUGUUCAAGGGCACAUCAACAGAUUUUUCACCUUGUUGGCUCAGGGAUUCGAGCUAGCAGCCUUCCAAUUAAUAGCCGAACGCUCUAACCGCUAGGCUACAUGCUGCCUAUCCACCUCCAUCCUCACUCCACCACACUUACCCAUUCCUGAUCAUUUCAGACACUGGAGAGUUUGGUCUCACUGGCAUUAUUAAGUCAUUCAACUUUAAUGGAAUAUAAUAGAAGGGCUGUUGAAGCUAAGUUUUGUUUCGUAUCUCAUCCAUCCAUUCUUUUCACUUCACUCUUCCUUUCCACAUCUGCAUCUUUCAUUCAUUCAUUUACGCACGCACGCACUCACUCAUUAAUUUGUUUAUCAUCCAGGGCUGCCACCAUCUCACCUGACUCACCCUUGAACCUUGUCUCCAUGGAAUCGGACCCCCUCUCUCUCUAACCCCUCUACUACACCUCUCUUUGUUCAUCUAGGUACCAGCUUCCUGAGACCUUUGACCCCUACCGAGCCUCGCUCUCCUAUACGCUCUGCCGUUGCCACGGCAGCCAGAAACACAACGUUGCCUCGUGGUCGCGUCUCUCUCUACUCCACCCAUAAUGGCAUCAGACCUCUUUCUCUACCCAGGGACACCAACACCAACACCAACACCAACUCCUCCCUCACCUCCGACAAACCAGGGGGUAAUGGAGCAAUCUUUUCCUCUUCUUCUUCUUCUUCCUCCUCCUACCCCUCCUCUUCCUUAUCUUCCUCAUUUUCUCUCCAGCACUACCUCGGGUCUCACCCUCUCUACCUCCUCUCACUCUCUCUCACACACACAGACGAAACGAUCUGGGUGGCAUGGGCUCUUGAUCCAGAGUGGGCCAGAGAAUGUGUAGGCCUAAUAAUGUCUGCCAAUGUUUUUGGACGCAUAUUUGCAUUUGUGUGUGUAAGUGUGUGUGAAGUCCAGCACAUGUGGUCCAGACUGUAAGUCUCUCCAAAACCUCCUUCCCUUCACCAAUACUCAGAGGCCCUCCCCUUUGGCAUACGUUUCACGCCUGUACCUCGAGGAACAGCGGCGUCUCAGAGGUCAGGGUCGUUAACGUGAUUUACGCUCCCGACGGUCGCCGGGUCGACCGAUUUAUCUGCGAAGGUUGGCUGGCUCUUUGACCAGGACAUAGAUCACAUUUGCACCAGUCAUGCCAAACCAAGCCAAGCAUUGUGCAGCCAGCACUGGGCAGAUAGCACCACCACAGCAUGGCACACACAGAGCUUCCAGAUCCCUCUGAGAGAGAGAGAGAGAGAGAGAGAGAGAGAGAGAGAGAGAGAGAGAGAGAGAGAGAGAGAGACAGAGAGAGAGAGAUACAGAGAGAUACAGAUACAGAUACAGAUACAGAGAGAGAUACAGAGAGAGAGACUACAGAGAGGAGAGAAAAUAUUUUUGGGGAAAGAGAGAUUUUCAAAAGAAAACAAAUUUUAGAAUAAUACGUAGGAAAAACCAAUAUUACAAGUAUUAGGGGAAAAUUCAAUUAACAUUAUUUAAUUUUGGUAAAGCAUGGAUGUAUUUUAUACUUCCAUAUCCAAAAUAAAAAUUUUCAGCUAUUUCUUAAAGAAAAGAGAUUUAAUGUUAAAAAAUAGAUAUAAAUAUUUUGUAACCAUGAAUUCCUAUUGUACAAAACAUAAUGAGUAAAUGUGUUAAUCCCAUAUGAACGGCCCAGAAAAUAGGUUAAGUGUAGGGAUAAAGAUUUUUUUGGUAGGGAUUGAGAGACCCCAUAAAUAGCCAAAUUAAACCUAUAUAGAGUUACCAAUCACCCCAAAAAAACAUUCCAUCAUUCAGAACAUGGAGAUUUUGGUACGUUUAAUAAGAGAUAUCAAUAAUAUAAGAGAGUUAGAUAAGUUGGGAAGUUACUAUCAAUUUUUACUUUUUUUAAUGAUUUUUUAUAUUAGAAGCAGAUACUCUUAUAUUUUAAUCUAUUGGGCCCAUUAUACCCCCCCUUGAUUUCUCAUGAAGGACCCCCCUCAACCCCACAACCUCUUUUAUCGGGUCCCAUUCCAAUUGACCCCUAGAGUCGCCCCCAUAUUUGAUAAAAAAAAAUUUGCCUCUUGGUUUAUAACAUAAUGACAAUCUCAAAACAAGGGAGCCCCAAACAAAACAAACAAAAUUCUCCCCUCCGAAAAAGGGAUACAAAAUUUUUUUUCUUCGAUUCUUAUCUUUAAUUUUUCCAGUAAAAAGGUUCCCCCUAUAUUAUAUAACAAAUAAUUUGGGGCAUGGGUCGUCCGGGGCAUAUAAUUAUUAUAAUUUCUGAAGUUGGGCUUUCAUGGUGUUUGUGUUGAAGCCCCCUUUCCCCCUUCCCCUCCCCAAAAACCCCCCUCCGCCCCCUUCCCCCCGGGGGGCCCUUUUUUUGGGGCCUAAGGGGGGGGUUGGGGGGGGGGGUUUUUUUGGGGUUUGGGGGGGGCCGGGGGGGGUUUUUUAAAAAGGGGCUUUUCCCCCCAAAAGGGUUGGGGGAAUUUUUCCCCGGGUUUUGGGGGGGGUUUGGGGGGGCCCCAAGGGGAAACCCCCUGGGGCCCUGGGGAAAGGGGGGGGGGGGGGAAAAGGGGAAAGGGGGGGGGCCCCAAAAAAGGGGGGGGGAAAAGUUAAAACGUGGGGUUUUCGAGGGGAAAAAAAGGGAAAGGGGAGAGAGAAAAAAAGGGGGGGGGAAAAAAGGGGGGGAAAAUAAAAAAAUUUGGGGGUUUAAAAAAAAAAAACAAGGGGGGAAAAAGGGAAAGGGCGGGGGGGAAAAGGGGAAUUUUGUAAAAAAAAGGGGAAAAAAAAUAAAAUUUUAAAAAAAAAAUGAAAAUUAGAAAACCAAAAAAAAAAAAAGGGAAAGAGAAAGAAAAAAAAAAAAAAAUAAAAUUAAAAAAGAAAUAAGAAAGAAAAAAAAAAAAGGGGAAAAAACAAAAAGGAGAGGAAGAAAAGAAAGAGGAAAAAAAAAAAAGGAAGGGGGAGGGAAAAGGGAAAACAAAAGGGGGCCCCAAAAAAAAUUUUUUAAAAAAGGAAAGGGGGAAAAAAAAGGAGGGUUAAAAAGGAAGGGAAAAAAAUUUAUAUAACAAAAUAAAAACCUUUUUAAAAUUUUCCUAAUACAUCCCUUCCCCCCCUUUUUCCCCCCCGGGGUUCGGGGGGAAAAAGGGGGGUUUUCCCUUCCCCCCCGGGGGGGGGGGCCCCCCCCCCCUUUUUCCCCCCCCCCCAAACAGAAGAUACAAUACAAAAAGAAAAUACAACAGGAAUAUAGAGAGUAGAUAAACAAAGACAAUAAACAGAGAAAGGAUACAAAAGAAGAGAGAAGAGAUAUACAGUACAGCAUAGGAUAUACGAUAAGUACGGGAGGAUACAAUACUAACAGUAGGGGAGAUAACCCUCGAAAGGUUCUAAAAAAGGGGGGGGGUUAAUUUAGGGAGAGAUCAAUACAGAUACGAUAGAGGAGAGAUCAGAACAGAUACAACGAUAAUACAGAGAGAUUACAGUACGAUACAGCGAGAUACAGAUACAGAGAGAGAGACAGAUAAGAUACAGAGAGAUACAGAUACAGAUACAGAAGAGAACAUAUAGAUACAGAAUAGAACAGAUACAAUAGAGAUAGAGAUAGAGCAGAUAUAGAUACAAGAAGAGAGAGAGAGAGAGAGACAUAGAGAGAGAGAUAGAUAGAGUCAUAUACUAUAUAUAUCUAUACGCUUCGUCUCUCUAUCUCAGUUUGCUACCCCUCCUCAGCAUAUUUAUUAAUUUGUCCUUUAUUUUCGCUUUUUUAGGUCAUUUUAAAGUAUAUUGAGUAUAUUGAGUUUGAUUAUGUUCGUGCUUCUGAAGGAGACAGACUAUUAUGUUGGAUCACUGAAGUCUGAAACGUUCCUUAUUUUCCUUUCUGUUCCUUGGUUUAGAAUGUUCCUUGACAGGUCUGGCACUGAGCUGUUCUCUCGUUUGUUCUUAGCAUGUCUUUACCGUGUUUUCGAGGUGUGCAGACAUGUUUAAUUCAAUGAGCCCUCUUCUCCCUCAAACAGCCGACGGGGAGCACAAUAAGAGCCUUGCUCUUCCCAAACCUGCAAUCUGGUCUAGAAAGCGACUGGGUAAAAAACAGAGACAAUCGUUACUUUUCAUUGUGUCUCUCCUCACCCACUAACUUGUCUCCCCCGAAAGAUGCCAAUUUGUUUUACGUUCCUUGCAGCAAGCCCUCAAUGCGCUUAAGUCACAACAACUUGUCCCUGUCCUAUGAUUGGCCAGCUUGUCUGUAUGUCCAUGUGACUGUCCAUUCUUAUUGGACAGCCUGUCUGUCCAUCAGCAUCACGGUCCAUUCACGUAUUGGGCCUGUUAUUGUUGGUGUGGUCUGCAGGUGUGUUUGUCCACGUUUUCACUGUCAAUAUGACUGAGACUGAAGAAGAAUCCUCUCUCUCUCAUCAUAUUGCUACAGUCUGACCCUAGACCUGUUGUUCAGGUCAUAAAGGAUCUGGGAGCAUGGCUUGAAUUUUUGCACAAAUGUCCCAUUGAAAUCAAUGCAUGAUUUGCUCGAAAAUGUGUUAUAUCUCAAGCCCAAAAUGACCACACUCACCAGUCUACACCUAAUUUCACUCUAAUGAGUUAGUGGCUUCAGUUUCUGCUUCAGUCUCAACCAGUGUGUGUUCGUGUGAAACUGGGACAGUUUCAGAGGUCUUCAAAAAGCCGCAGGGCUCGCUGGAAGCAGCUCUACUUAAUGAAAACACACUUCGUCUUUGCACGCCGUCAUCACACACACCAAUCAAACUAACGAAUGGAAAAUAUACUCCAAAUUUCACCCAUUAUUCCCAUAUUUGCACUAUUUGGUUUCAAUUGAAUUGCAAAUGUCAAUCAUUGAUGUAGUCAUGACAAUGUGUCUAAACAAUCCGUCAGUGGUGUCUGUCUGUCUGUCUUGGGCUUAUUUGUAUCCUAUUUAUAUGGUCCCAUCCACCUCCUGAAGCAUGUGUUGCUCAGGAUGAAUGCCGUACUAAAUGGAUUGCAAGUCUCAUGUUUGAUUUGAUGUUGUUCAACUGUGAAUGUGCUCUAAAUAGGUUUAAAACCCUACAGUGUUUUGAUAGUGUCCUUGAGUUCCUCCAGUAUGUGUUGCAACAACCAUUUCAGCGAUGAUGUAAAACAGUGGAAUAUUUUCUCUGAUAAUAUUGUUCUAGGCAAACCUAAAGCAGUAUUUGAACAAUGUUUUUUCAUUGUCUCGCCAGAGAGGAGUCUGACAGAAACCAAGACUCACAACACUUUAAUGCUGUUAACGCUCACACUUCAAAACAGUGUGUGUGCACGUGCGUAGGAGUAUGUGUGCCACUGCUGUUGUAAAUCAGUGCAGCGGUGAGGUGUUUGGCACCCAAAGAGCACAGUGUGUGUUUUGUGGGGUGUUGUUGUGAGUAAUCUGGUUCUCCCAUUACCAGCUAUAGGGUUCAGGAUGGUAAACAGAGCUUCCUGAUGACAUCACGUCCACGUUCCCAUAACUCUGAUCCCCAUCAGACAAUGUUGAACCUUUUUAUUUUUCUUUACUGCAUUUAAGGAGCCACAAGGUUUUUCACACAAAAUGUACAUUUGCUUUGGCUGAAAGCGGCACGCUCUGUGUCUCUCCAGGACUUGCCCACCCUUGGCUUCAAAUUCUACUUAACCUUGUCUGGUCUCUGUUGCCUCACUGAGGUGUGGAGCUCCCUGAUUUAUCCCUGACAGAGUGGCAGGCAUGCUGGGGUCAGAUCCGGCUGUUCCAGGGGGUCGACACAAGCCAAGUUAAUAUUUAUGAAUUCGUUGAGGGGGGGUUGACAUAGGCCAAGGGUAAUAUUAAUGAAUGGGUCUAGUCCUGACAAGGAGGGUUUAGGAACAUCAGAAACCCUAGAGGAGAACAUGACCACUAAUUAUGACAUGACAUGGGAUCUCCCGAAGUCUCUGUCUGGAAAGGGCCUGAAAGGCAGAGAAGGAGACAUGUAAGCUGGGUGGUCGCAGCCAUUAAUAUUUAGUGAAUAGAAUGAACCAGGAUCGCAAGUACCCAAACAAUUGCCCCUAUCAGUCUCAGAUAGUGUCUACCACACCAAGUCUACGGUAUGUCCAGUCAGUGCAUUUAUUCAAUAAGACCUGCGCUAGGUUUGCCAAGCCUCUCAGUUUGGCCCAGAGUAAAGCUAUUCAGGGAGAAUUGUAUAUUUCCUGAACGAGAUUGCAAAUAGUAGAUCCCAAUUCAGUUUAAGUUGUCUGAGUGGCCUGUUCUGAGUUUGAUACUCCAGUGUCUAAUAUUAGUCCACAGCCUGCUAAGGCUCCAACAGACUUUAAAGGAAAAGCAUUGAGAGUGAGUCUGAGCUGGCAUCCGCCUCAUGCCCUGGGUUGUGUUUAGUUUGAUCCUAUCCUUUUUGGAACAGGAACAAUAUAGUGAUUGUGAAGAAUUUGGCCUGGCUGGACAAGAUGAUUCAUUGGGAACAGGUUUCUUGUUUUUCAUGUAAAAGAUGAGCACAGUCUUGCUAAACUUUUUUUUUAGAAUCCUAUAUGGUUUUGUAGUUUUUUUUUUCUUUCUGAUUGCUGUUCUUGUGUUUUGUGUGAAAGCUGGUUCUACACAGCAAAUUGGCCAGUGUUACCUAGUGCAGAUUUUUCAGUGUAGCAUUUCUAGUGUUGAUUCAGGAGUGAAAUUAACACUCAGUGGUGUAAAAUAACCCCAGUGUUGGUGUUAAUAACCAGUGUUGAAUGUGAGAGUGUGAUUGUGUCAGUUUUACUCUGUGGAAAGUAAAACGUUCCCAUCAAAACCACGGCCAUCAUUAUUAUAUUUCCCAGAAUGCUCUACUGCAACAAAAAAAUGUAAGGAUUCUUUUUAAUAUCUGUGUUUUUGCAUGUACAUUGAUUGCUUGAUUAAUCUUAUGCUACACAAAGAUAAAUAACAUACAUUUUUCUAAACUAAUCAAAUCAGUUAGUUAGAUUUAUUGCACCCAUUACUAAAAUGGUUGUUCCAGUUUAAAUGGUUUAGGUAGUCUCCUUUAUUUAUGUUCCUAACCCUGACAGUCAUUCUGAAUGCAGGUUGCAGGUGAAUAAAAAUUCCAACUGUUGGAUGUCUUAACCCUGGCUGGAUUCCAGCAUAAUGUGCCUUGCAGGCUUGAUGUGGCCUGUAAACCAGGAGGUUCCUAACACCACUGUGUUAGGGUAAAACCUGGCCAUCAAAGUAAGGCGUUAAGAUAUAUGUAAUGUAUUGUCAUAAACAGUUAAAUUUUAAUGGUAUAAUUUGCCUAUAGUAGAACUUCACAGGACUGAAAAUGAAUGAAUUAUUUGUCACUAACAAAUACAGUCAUGGGUGGUAACUACAAUUCACUUGAAAAGUCAUGGCAGACUGAGAAAUUAUAUUGGAGGAGUGGCUUAGUGGGGGCAUUGCUUUAAAGUCAUUAUUUUUGGCCACCUGUGAGUGGAAAUAUUGUACCAGUUUAAGUGGUCUAUGGUUCUGUUAAUUCAAGUUUGAGCAUGUCUGCUGCCAGUUUGGAAGUCUUUAUAAACACUUACAGUUGAAGUCGGAAGUGUACAUACACCUUAGCCAAAUACAUUUAAACUCAGUUUUUCACAAUUCCUGACAUUUAAUCCUAGUAAAAAUUCAGUUUCUUAGGUCAGUUAGGAUCACCACUUUAUUUUAAGAAUGUGAAAUGUCCGAAUAAUGGUAGUGAUAAUUAUUUAUUUCAGCUUUUAUUUCUUUCAUCACAUUCCCAGUGGGUCAGAAGUAUUUGGUAGCAUUGCCUUUAAAUUGUUUAACUUGGGUCAAACGUUUCUGUUAGCCUUCCACAAGGUUUUCACAAUAAGUUGGGUGAAUUUUGGCCCAUUCCUCCUGACAGAGCUGGUGUAACUGAGUCAGGUUUGUAGGCCUCCUUGCUCACACACACUUUUUCAGUUCUGCCCACAAAUGUUCUAUAGGAUUGAGGUCAAGGCUUUGUGAAGGCCACUCCAAUACCUUGACUUUGUUGUCCUUAAGCCAUUUUGCCACAACUUUGGAAGUAUGCUUGGGGUCAUUGUCCAUUUGGAAGACCCAUUUGUGACCAAUCUUUAACUUCCUGACUGAUGUCUUGAUGUUGCUUCAAUAUAUCCACAUAAUUUUCCUUCCUCAUGAUGCCAUCUAUUUUGUGAAGUGCACCAGUCCCUCCUGCAGCAAAGCACCCCCACAGCAUGAUGCUGCCACCCCCGUGCUUCACGGUUGGGAUGGUGUUCUUCGGCUUGCAAGCUAUCCCCUUUUUCCUCCAAACAUAACAAUGGUCAUUAUGGCCAAACAGUUCUAUUUUUGUUUCAUCAGACCAGAGGACAUUUCUCAAAAAAGUAUGAUCUUUGUCCCCAUGUGCAGUUGCAAAACGUAGUCUGGCUUUUUUAUGGUGGUUUUGGAGCAGUGGCUUCUUCCUUGCUGAGCGGCCUUUCAGAUUAUGUCGAUAUGGGACUCGUUUUACUGUGGAUAUAGAUACUUUUGUAUCCGUUUCCUCCAGCAUCUUCACAAGGUCCUUUGCUGUUGUUCUGGGAUUGAUUUGCACUUUUCGCUCCAAAGUACGUUCAUCUCUAUGAGACAGAACGCGUCUCCUUCCUGAGCGGUAUGACGGCUGCGUGGUCCCAUGGUGUUUAUACUUGCGUACUAUUGUUUGUACAGAUGAAUGUGGUACCUUCAGGCGUUUGGAUAUUGCUCCCAAGGAUGAACCAGACUUGUGGAGGUCUACAAUUUUUGUUCUGAGGUCUUGGCUGAUUUCUUUUGAUUUUCCCAUGAUUUCAAGCAAAGAGGCACUGAGUUUGAAGGUAGGCCUUGAAAUACAUCCACAGGUACACCUCCAAUUGACUCAAAUGAUGUCAAUUAGCCUAUCAGAAGCUUCUAAAGCCAUGACAUCAUUUUCUGGAAUUUUCCAAGCUGUUUAAAGACACAGUCAACGUAGUGUAUGUAAACUUCUGACCCACUGGAAUUGUGAUACAGUGAAUUAUAAGUGAAAUAAUCUGUCUGUAAACAAUUGUUGAAAAAUGACUUGUGUCAUGCACAAAGUAGAUGUCCUAACCGACUUGCCAAAACUAUAGUUUGUUAACAAGAAAUUUGUGGAGUGGUUGAGAAACAAGUUUUAAUGACUCCAACCUAAGUGUUUGUAAACUUCCGACUUCAACUGUACAUAAGAGCAUAUGGCAAUAAAGACUUAGUGUAUAGUCCUUAACCUAACACUGAGUGACCUUGUCAAGAGAUACAGACCUUUGGUGCAAACUAUAUGCACUUCCUAGUUAAUUUAACACUCAAAAGUGUGGAGCCGUAUAUAGACACUGUCCCAGUGUUAAAUGUGACUGUCAGUGUAUAACACUGGAUAAUUUGCUGUGUAGUAGGGUUAUGGUGGAAGGUUAUUGAGAGUUGACAUGGUUGGUGUUAGUCACAUAGACUAUGUAGUAGGAAUUCCCAAGAUACUUGCCUGUUUUAAUGGCAUUGCUCCUCGGAUGUGGUCACAGUUAACACCCUCCUCCACCCCAUCUUCUCUCCAGUGGUUUCAGUUGACACUGCGGCUUCUCUCUUCUAUAUCCCUCUUUUCCUUUUCUGAGAAAAGUUAAAAGUGUUCCCCUGUUUUUUCAAAAGCACAACAUCCAUCCUCAGUUAUGAGAUAGGGCUCACUCCAGCAGCCUCCUUUGCUGUUGCAGUUCCUAACCCUACCAUGGCCUCUAUUUCCCAGGCUCCCCUGCAGUUCUGCGACCCUCCCUUCCUGUCAACAAGAGGCCCAACCUGGUGGGGAAAUCAGGGGACAAGGGUGAGGGCAACACUGACCAUUGUUUUGACUACUGAAUACUUUGACUUCUGUUAAAGCAACACUACCAAAAUGUUGCGCCAACUUCUUAAUUUUGCUGUCACCUUGAUGAUUCUAUUUUAACAACCUUCCUUCCCUCAGUUAAGUUUUAUUUAGAUUCUAAAUUACCUUGCACUUCUCUGAAGAAUACACACACAGCUCAAAACGCAACACCUGUGUGUGUGUCUGUCUGUGUGUGUGUGUCUGUGUGUGUGUGUGUGUGUGUGUGUGUGUGUGUGUGUGUGUGUGAGUGAGUACGUGUAAGUGUGUGUGCAGUAUGUUUGUGUUGUUCUGACGGACUUCUCUUACGAAACACCAACACAAUGACGCAACACACAUUUUUCAUAUCUUCUCCCACAGCAGGAAAACCACUCAGAGAUUCACCUGGCUGGGUGAUGGCUGCAGGAGAUGACCACAACGGUAUUUGUAGUUUACAUGACUGAGCUGUGUUCUGUCCCCUCUGUCCUCAGAUAAGCCCAUGGACCUGAAGCAGGGAGACAAAGUGUCCAUCUUGAAUCCCUUCCCUCUAGUCACGGCUAAGCCUGCCAAACAAAAGACCACAACCCUCGCCACUGCCUUGAAUGGUAAGAUUCAGUGAUGAGUGUACUUUUGUUUAUAAUAAUAUAUUUGUGCAUUCAUGUGUGUGACCAUGUGCAGUUGAAGUCGGAAGUUUACAUACACUUAGGUUGGAGUCAUUAAAACUAGUUUCUCAACCACUCCACAAAUUUCUUGUUAACAAACUAUAGUUUUGGCAAGUCGGUUAGGACAUCUACUUUGUGCACGACACAAGUAAUUUUUCCAACAAUUGUUUACAGACAGAUUAUUUCACUUAUAAUUCACUGUAUCACAAUUCCAGUGGGUCAGAAGUUUACAUACACUAAGUUGACUGUGCCUUUAAACAGCUUGGAAAAUUCCAGAAAAUGAUGUCAUGGCUUUAGAAGCUUCUGAUAGGCUAAUUGACAUCAUUUGAGUCAAUUGGAGGUGUACCUGUGGAUGUAUUUCAAGGCCUACCUUCAAAUUCAGUGCCUCUUUGCUUGACAACAUGGGACAAUCAAAAGAAAUCAGCCAAGACCUCAGAACAAAAAUUGUAGACCUCCACAAGUCUGGUUCAUCCUUGGGAGCAAUUUCCAAAUGCCUGAAGGUACCACGUUCAUCUGUACAAACAAUAGUACGCAAGUAUAAACACCAUGGGACCACGCAGCCGUCAUACCGCUCAGGAAGGAGAUGCGUUCUGUCUCCUAGAGAUGAACGUACUUUGGUGCGAAAAGUGCAAAUCAAUCCCAGAACAACAGCAAAGGACCUUGUACAUACAGUUGAAGUCGGAGGUUUACAUACACAUUAGCCAAAUACAUUUAAACUCAGUUUUUCACAAUUCCUGACAUUUAAUCCUAGUAAAAAUUCCCUGUGUUAGGUCAGUUAGGAACACCACUUUAUUUUAAGAAUGUGAAAUGUCAGAAUAAUAGUAGAGAUUAUUAUUUAUUUCAGCUUUUAUUUCUUUCAUCACAUUCCCAGUGGGUCAGAAGUUUACAUACGCUCAAUUAGUAUUUGGUAGCAUUGCCUAUAAAUUGUUUAACUUGGGUCAAACAUUUCGGGUAGCCUUCCACAAGCUUCCCACAAUAGGGUUGGGUGAAUUUUGGCCCAUUCCUCCUGACAGAGCUGGUUGUAAGUCAGGUUUGUAGGCCUCCUUGCUCGCACACGCUUUUUCAGUUCUGCCCACACAUUUUCUAUAGGAUUGAGGUCAGGGCUUUGUGAUGGCCACUCCAAUGCCUUGACUUUGUUGUCCUUAAGCCAUCUUGCCACAACUUAGUAUGCUUGGGGUCAUUGUCCAUUUGGAAGACCCAUUUGCGACCAAGCUUUAACUUCCUGACUGAUGUCUUGAGAUGUUGCUUCAAUAUAUCCACAAUUUUCCUUCCUCAUGAUGCCAUCUAUUUUGUGAAGUGCACCAGUCCCUCCUGCAGCAAAGCACCCCCACAGCAUGAUUUUGCCACCCCCGUGCUUCAUGGUUGGAAUGGUGUUCUUCAGCUUGCAAGCCUACACCUUUUUCCUCCAAACAUAACGAUGGUCAUUAUGGCCAAGCAGUUCUAUUUUUGUUUUAUCAGACCAGAGGACAUUUCUCCAAAAAGUAUGAUCUUUGUCCCCAUGUGCAGUUGCAAACCGUAGUCUGGCUUUUUUAUGGCGGUUUUGGAGCAGUGGCUUCUUCCUUGCUGAGCGGCCUUUCAGGUUAUGUCGAUAUAGGACUCGUUUUACUGUGGAUAUAGAUAUUUUUGUACCUGUUUCCUCCAGCAUCUUCACAAGGUCCUUUGCUGUUGUUCUGGGAUUGAUUUGCACUUUUCGCACCAAAGUACGUUCAUCUCUAGGAGACAGAACGCGUCUCCUUCCUGAGCUGUAUGACGGCUGCGUGGUCCCAUGGAGUUUAUACUUGCGUACUAUUGUUUGUACAGAUUAACGUGGUACCUUCAGGCGUUUGGAUAUUGCUCCCAAGGAUGAACCAGACUUGUGGAGGUCUACAAUUUUUGUUCUGAGGUCUUGUCUGAUUUCUUUUCAUUUUCCCAUGAUGUCAAGCAAAGAGGCACUGAGUUUGAAGGUAGGCCUUGAAAUACAACCACAGGUACACCUCCAAUUGACUCAAAUUAUGUAAAUUAGCCUAUCAGAAGCUUCUAAAGCCAUGACAUAAUUUUCUGGAAUUUUCCAAGCUGUUUAAAGACACAGUCAACGUAGUGUAUGUAAACUUCUGACCCACUGGAAUUGUGAUACAGUGAAUUAUAAGUGAAAUAAUCUGUCUGUAAACAAUUGUUGGAAAAAUUACUUGUGUCGUGCACAAAGUAGAUGUCCUAUCCGACUUUCCAAAACUAUAGUUUGUUAACAAGAUAUUUGUGGAGUGGUUGAGAAACAAGUUUUAAUGACUCCAACCUAAGUGUAUGUAAACUUCCGACUUCAACUGUAUGUAUGUGUGUGUGUAUGUAUGUGUGUGUGUGUGUGUGUGUUUGUUUGAAUCAUGCUACAUCUGAGAUUAAUAGUUAAUGUGAGAGGUGAUCUGAGUUCAGUGAUACAGUGGGGAAAAAAAGUAUUUAGUCAGCCACCAAUUGUGCAAGUUCUCCCACUUAAAAAGAUGAGAGAGGCCUGUAAUUUUCAUCAUAGGUACACGUCAACUAUGACAGACAAAUUGAGGAAAAAAAAUCCAGAAAAUCACAUUGUAGGAUUUUUUAUGAAUUUAUUUGCAAAUUAUGGUGGAAAAUAAGUAUUUGGUCACCUACAAACAAGCAAGAUUUCUGGCUCUCACAGACCUGUAACUUCUUCUUUAAGAGGCUCCUCUGUCCUCCACUCGUUACCUGUAUUAAUGGCACCUGUUUGAACUUGUUAUCAGUAUAAAAGACACCUGUCCACAACCUCAAACAGUCACACUCCAAACUCCACUAUGGCCAAGACCAAAGAGCUGUCAAAGGACACCAGAAACAAAAUUGUAGACCUGCACCAGGCUGGGAAGACUGAAUCUGUAAUAGGUAAGCAGCUUGGUUUGAAAAAAUCAACUGUGGGAGCAAUUAUUAGGAAAUGGAAGACAUACAAGAUCACUGAUAAUCUCCCUCGAUCUGGGGCUCCACGCAAGAUCUCACCCCGUGGGGUCAAAAUGAUCACAAGAACGGUGAGCAAAAAUCCCAGAACCACAUGGGGGGACCUGGUGAAUGACCUGCAGAGAGCUGGGACCAAAGUAACAAAGCCUACCAUCAGUAACACACUACGCCGCCAGGCCUCAAAUCCUGCAGUGCCAGACGUGUCCCCCUGCUUAAGCCAGUACAUGUCCAGGCCCGUCUGAAGUUUGCUAGAGUGCAUUUGGAUGAUCCAGAAGAGGAUUGCGAGAAUGUCAUAUGGUCAGAUGAAACCAAAAUGUUACUUUUUGGUAAAAACUCAACUCGUCGUGUUUAAAGGACAAAGAAUGCUGAGUUGCAUCCAAAGAACACCAUACCUACUGUGAAGCAUGGGGGUGGAAACAUCAUGCUUUGGGGCUGUUUUUCUGCAAAGGGACCAGGACGACUGAUCCGUGUAAAGGAAAUAAUUAAUGGGGCCAUGUAUCGUGAGAUUUUGAGUGAAAACCUCCUUCCAUCAGCAAGGGCAUUGAAGAUGAAACGUGGCUGGGUCUUUCAGCAUGACAAUGAUCCCAAACACACCGCCCGGGCAACGAAGCAUUGGCUUCGUAAGAAGCAUUUCAAGGUCCUGGAGUGGCCUAGCCAGUCUCCAGAUCUCAAUCCCAUAGAAAAUCUUUGGAGGGAGUUGAAAGUCCGUGUUGCCCAGCGACAGCCCCAAAACAUCACUACUCUAGAGGAGAUCUGCAUGGAGGAAUGGGCCAAAAUACCAGCAACAGUGUGUGAAAACCUUGUGAAGACUUACAGAAAACAUUUGACCUGUGUCAUUGCCAACAAAGGGUAUAUAACAAAGUAUUGAGAAACUUUUGUUAUUGACCAAAUACUUAUUUUCCACCAUAAUUUGCAAAUAAAUUCAUUAAAUAUCCUACAAUGUGAUUUUCUGGAUUUUUUUCCUCAAUUUGUCUGUCAUCGUUGACGUGUACCUAUGAUGAAAAUUACAGGCCUCUCUCAUCUUUUUAAGUGGGAGAACUUGCACAAUUGGUGGCUGACUAAAUACUUUUUUCCCCCACUGUAUGUGUGUGGAAGAUUAAGUACUCUGGUACUUUUAACAGUAUUCACUAGACCUGGCAGUGGGUGAGGCACAAUACAUGAGAGAGAGAGCAGACAGAGACCAAAGCAGGUGCUGGUUGUAGGUCUGAGCCAGAGAUUAGAACUGAGGACAGAAAGAGCUGCCAGGGAAUGCUAACACAUCAUCACAGUACAGUGAGGGAAAAAAGUAUUUGAUCCCCUGCUGAUUUUGUACGUUUGCCCACUGACAAAGACAUGAUCAGUCUAUAAUUAAUAAUGGUAGGUUUAUUUGAACAGUGAGAGACAGAAUAACAACAAAAAAGUCAAGAAAAAUGCAUGUCAAAAAUGUUAUAAAUUGAUUUGCAUUUUAAUGAGGGAAAUAAGUAUUUGACCCCUCUGCAAAACAUUACUUAGUACUUGGUGGCAAAACCAUUGUUGGCAAUCACAGAGGUCAGACGUUUCUUGUAGUUGGCCACCAGGUUUGCACACAUCUCAGGAGGGAUUUUGUUCCACUCCACUUUGCAGAUCUUCUCCAAGUCAUUAAGGUUUCGAGGCUGACGUUUGGCAACUCAAACCUUCAGCUCCCUCCACAGAUUUUCUAUGGGAUUAAGGCCUGGAGACUGGCUAGGCCACUCCAGGACCUUAAUGUGCUUCUUCUUGAGCCACUCCUUUGUUGCCUUGGCCGUGUGUUUUGGGUCAUUGUCAUGCUGGAAUACCCAUCCACGACCCAUUUCAAUGCCCUGGCUGAGGGAAGGAGGUUCUCACCCAAGAUUUGACGGUACAUGGCCCCGUCCAUCAACCCUUUGAUGCGGUGAAGUUGUCCUGUCCCCUUAGCAGAAAAACACCCCCAAAGCAUAAUGUUUCCACCUCCAUGUUUGACGGUGGGGAUGGUGUUCUUGGGGUCAUAGGCAGCAUUCCUCCUCCUCCAAACACGGCGAGUUGAGUUGAUGCCAAAGAGCUCGAUUUUGGUCUCAUCUGACCACAACACUUUCACCCAGUUCUCCUCUGAAUCAUUCAGAUGUUCAUUGGCAAACUUCAGACGGGCAUGUAUAUGUGCUUUCUUGAGCAGGGGGACCUUGUGGGCACUGCAGGAUUUCAGUCCUUCACGGCGUCGUGUGUUACCAAUUGUUUUCUUGGUGACUAUGGUCCCAGCUGCCUUGAGAUCAUUGACAAGAUCCUCCCGUGUAGUUCUGGGCUGAUUCCUCACCGUUCUCAUGAUCAUUGCAACUCCACGAGGUGAGAUCUUGCAUGGAGCCCCAGGCCGAGGGAGAUUGACAGUUCUUUUGUGUUUCUUCCAUUUGCGAAUAAUCGCACCAACUGUUGUCACCUUCUCACCAAGUUGCUUGGCAAUGGUCUUGUAGCCCAUUCCAGCCUUGUGUAGGUCUACAAUCUUGUCCCUGACAUCCUUGGAGAGCUCUUUGGUCUUGGCCAUGGUGGAGAGUUUGGAAUCUGAUUGAUUGAUUGCUUCUGUGGACAGGUGUCUUUUAUACAGGUAACAAGCUGAGAUUAGGAGCACUCCCUUUAAGAGUGUGCUCCUAAUCUCAGCUCAUUACCUGUAUAAAAUACACCUGGGAGCCAGAAAUCUUUCUGAUUGAGAGGGGUUCAAAUACUUAUUUCCCUCAUUAAAAUGCAAAUCAAUUUAUAACAUUUUUGACAUGCGUUUUUCUGGAUUGUUUUGUUGUUAUUCUGUCUCUCACUGUUCAAAUAAACCUACCAUUAAAAUUAUAGACUGAUCCUUUCUUUGUCAGUGGGCAAACGUACAAAAUCAGCAGGGGAUCAAAUACUUUUUUCCCUCACUGUACACUACUCAUAACACACUCCUCACUCUGCAGUUCUCAAUCUCAUCAUCCGUCUCUCCAUCUCUCUGUAGCCAUGGGUGACAACUCUUCUGUGUUCAGCUCUCUCCCUGCUUCGGAAGUGGAUGCCUUAGGCAAGAAGCGCUUCGUAGGUAAGGGCACAUGCAUCAUAACAGUUCUCAAGAAACCCACAUGAUUAAAUUCACAGUGGACAGGGCCCGGGGAAUCCCGGGUCGGGCGCUGGUAAAAAAGGGGGGAAAUUGAUCUUGCAACUAGAGGGCUGCUGGGUUCAUAAUGCUAACAACAAUACCCUAUUGUUGGGCCCUUGAGCGAGGCCCUUAACCCCACAACAUGGUCUCCAUCCAGAAGCGCUGCAAUGCAGCUUGACCCUGUGCACCUCGCAACUGUGUGUCUGUAUGAUGUGUGCAGGUGGGAGCUGUGACAAUGGACAAUUAAAGUUGUAUUGUAUCACUGUGGAUAUUAGCCUGGAGAACAAUAGCCUUUCGUGCUUCCUCUUACCGCCAGUUGUUUUGGAUUGUCUUGCCUGUAUUCACUUUCCAGAUUUUUGGAUGAGCUCCAGUUGACUUAGAGCUCUUGUCUACAGAGUACAGAGGGGUAUACUACAAAGCAGGACCAAUGAGUUAGCUAGCCAAAUUUGAUAAACAGCACAUUUUCUGGUUCAUUAAGAAAGCUAAACUUCGAUAUGUGUUUUUGGUUGUUGAGGUAAUUAGACUAUGCUCAUUUCAAGCUUAUCUUUCAAAAAAAAAAUAGUUAUUUCUUAAUACAGUAUUUAGGCAAGUUAGCUGGCUUACCAACCUGGUGUCAGAGCAUUUCGUAUCAUUCUGUAAGUAAAUCCGAGGCUCUCCAUUUAGUAUGAUAUGUUGCAAAUUACAAUUUGUAGAUGUUACGAAUUUGCAAAACGUACAAUAUGUUGCGAUUUGCUAAAAAAUUUAAUUUGUUGUGUCUAACGUUAGCUAGGCUAGGGGUUAGCGUUAAGGUUAGGAGUUAGGUUAAAGGGUUAAGGUUAGCGUUGGGUAAGGGUUAGCUAAAAGGGUUAGGGUAAAGUUUAGGGGAAGGUUUAGCUAACAUCCUAAGUAGUUGCAAUGUAGCUAAAAAGUAGUAAGUAGUUGCAAAUUAGUUUAAAUGCUAAAGUUAGGGGCUUGCCAUGGAAGGAUAACGGGUUCGAUUCCCUGGACCACCCGUACUUAAAAGGUAUGCAUGCAUAGUUAUCGCUUUGGAUAAAAGCAUCUGCUAAAUGGCAUAUAUUAUUCUUAUCCCACAGACUCCUGUCUCUUUUAAGUUAUUAUUGUUUGAGCGCCAAUUCUUUAAUUUCUCCUGCAGCCCCUCAUGUGAUCUAUAAGACUGACAAGAAGCCAGACGAACCGUGUUCCAUAACAAAGUCCCUCAGCUUCUUCCCUGAGGAUGAGGGGGUGGAGCAGAACGUCACCGCACCCCCUCGCUUGCCCCCCUCCAACCUCACCGUGGUUACCGUGGAGGGAUGCCCCUCCUUCGUCAUCCUGGACUGGGAGAAGACCGACAACUACACCACAGGUUAAGGGGGAAGUGUGCGUGUGCGUGUGUGUGCAGCAGCACAUACCCAAAGAGGUUCAUAAAACACUCCUGGUUAUGGAAGGUUGAAGUCCUAACUAAUAAGACUGGUUACAAUGGGUCUUUUAAUAACAUUAUGAAACUCCAUCUGUGCUCAAUCAGGAUAUUUCUCUCUACAAUGAAAACAAGUUGUGGAGGUGGAGAGUUGAGACUACAUAUUUUCAGAGUGCUUUCUUUGGGGCCAGUCCUUGUCAACCCCACCCAAAUCCUCUGAAUCCUGUGUCAAAUGUUUAUAUUUGCCUCGUUAAGAUGCUGCUCUGCACAUUUAAAAUUGACGUUUUUAUGUUAAUAUCCCAUCUGUAUGAUAUGAAGUUGUAAAGAUGUAAUUAAACAUGUUGUGUGGAUUUCCUGCUUCCCUUUGACAGAGUAUGAGGUCAUUUCAAGGACCCAUGGACCCAAUGGAGAAGAGGUGUCCAUCCUGACCACCAACCAGACUCACACUGCAGUGGAGAACCUAAAACCAGAGAGCAGGUGUGUGUCUGUGUUUGUUUUAUGUGGUGUGUGGAGGCUUGCUAGAGCACGGUUGGGUUGGAAAGGCUCAAUGUGUUUAUUUAAUGAUGCUGGAUCCUGGUCUUGGUCUUUGUUUUGGCUGGGAUCUACAGAUUCAGAGUAUAAACCAGAUUUACCAGAACCUACCACUGGGCUGGAUCUGCUCGCCCACAGACCACCAUCUAAACAUCACACAUGGAACAGCCAUUAGAACGGUGUGUGUAUGUGUGUGUGUGUGUGUGUUUGUGUGUGUUUGAGGUAUUGAGUGUUAGUGUGUGUGUCUGUGAAAGAGAGAAAUGGAGAGAGAGGCAGAAAGAAAGAGAGAGAGGGAGGGAAAUGGAGAGAGAGAUUGGGUCACGAGCAAGCACUGGCCUCGAUGCACUCAAGGCUGUCUGGAGAGUAAAAAUAUCAAGUGUCACAGUGUUGGAGACGGGUGGAAUAUAAACUCAAGCUCCACAAAAAUUACGAUUAUGGUGAACAAUUGUGACUAAGAUUUCCUUUGCUGGGAAAGCUAUCAGCAUGGCAUUCGGGAUUUAAAGUAUAUAAAAAAUAAGAUUUCGGAUUUACUGAGCUAGGGACAUCAGUGCCUUGACACUGUGUUGACUUUUUAUCACCUCCCUUCAUUUUCAGUUACGAGUUCAAAGUGAAACCCAAGAAUGAGCUGGGGGAAGGGCCUGCCAGCGAGCCAGUGUCGUUCAACACAGAGUCAGGUAGGUGUAGGAAAUGGAUGCCCAGCCAAUGUAUCUGAUUACACUUACGGAAUGGAGCCGGAAUGGAGGCUAGCUCCAGAUAGAGGUUCCCCUUGGGCAUGGAUGGAUCUAGGAUCAUCUUUCCCAUGUCCUUACAUUAGGCCCCGAUUCCAUCAAAUCGAGCGUUGACCCGCAUUGGCCGACAACUGCAUAGCGGAUGUUUUGGCAGUGUUGGAGGUGUAACUGCGGUAUGAGCUGACAAAUCAGUGAGUGGCUGCUCUUGUAUGUCACAAACCUCUCCCUUUCUUAUUAUCCCUACCGCAUUAGAAGUUCAAAACGGCAAUAGGAAAUGUAGGCUUAUCGAUGACAGAUAUAAUGACAGGCUAAUGCAUGUUUUCAUGUUCAUUUGGAUGGGGGAAUUUGUAACCUAUCACCGUCUAAUCGAGGUGUAGACAAUAGAACAUCACACAUUGGAGUGUUUGAACUUGUAAAGUGGCUGCAUGAACUUCUAACGCGGAUUUGUCGGAUAUGAUGUUGGGUGUGUUUUUUUAUGCAUCCAAUGGCAGUGUCCACAAUAAGGUAACGCAAGGAGCCGCUUGUGGAUUUGACAGCUCUAACGCAGUUCCACCUCCGACACCGGCUAUGUGGAUGUCGGCUAGCACAGAUCUGAUAGAAUCUAGCCCUUAACCAUUGAUGGAAAGAAUGCAAAACUGACCUUAGAUCAGUGUCUAGACCUAGGACCACAAUUCCCACCGUUAGCUGGGCUGGUAAAUUAGCAACCACACUUUGUUUCAAUUUUAAUACUUUGCAUUAGCCUGGCUUAGGCUCUAAGUGAUGUGUCUAACAGGAUCCCUGAUAGCACGUUAGCUUUCCAGACAUGUGUUGCUAAUUAGUCACUUGUUAAUAGGACAUCUUAGCUAAUAGAUGUGUAUAGUUAGCUGCUUGCUCUUAGCUUAGCAUGUCAGAGGUGUGUAAUUAAACCACAGUUACUGUAAUGACUCCAACAUGGCUCCCCGUUUUACAGUUUAGUAGACGCUCUUAUCCAGAGUGACUUACAGUAGUGAGUGCAUACAUUUUUCAUACUUGUCCCCUGUGGGAAUCAAACCCACAACUCUGGCGUUGCAAGAGCCAUGCUCUACCAACUGAGCCACACGAGACCCGGGGUGAAUAAUUACCUCGGUGACCACUGGGGUGUGACUGAUUGAGACCUAUCCUGGUCAGUCCUGUCUUUCGGCCAGGCUUUUCAUCACUCCCCCACUCCAGUGGUGGUCGGCACCUUUUUAGAUGGAGGAUUUCUUUUUUUUUUAUGAGCAUGGCCUUAUUUCUAUUACAGCAUACUUGUCAUUCAUAUUCCACUCACCCAGCUCAAUGUAACAUUGUUAGGUUGAGGUUACUACAUGAUACUCAAAAUGUCCCUGUACCCAUCAUGAGGUUGCUACAACCUAGCCUAUGAAUGAAAGUUUACAACGUAGGUGCACAGGUCAAGAGAAUUUAAAGUAAUCAAGGUGACAGACAGUGACACAAUCAAUACCAACUUGCACACUCUUACCUGCAUCUAGCUGAUCUAAACCCGCUACAAUCAUGCAGUACAGUGUACAGUCAGAAAGCAGUUUAGCAGUUACAUCGGCGGGCCCCGGUGGCAAUAACUUAAUAAAACCAAAAGCUUACCUUGACUUGGAAGAGUUCCAGUGUUGGAUAGCCAUAGCCAGCUGGGUAACAUAGCAUCCUUCUCUGUUUGAGCCGGGUUUGUGAGUAGGCUAAACUAGCUAGCUGCUUUUGCUAGCUAAGUGAAAGUGAAAGUUAAAAAAAAUACAACCAAAUCUCUCUCUCUCUCUCUCUCUCUCUCUCUUACUUCUCCUUAAUUUUGGAAGAAAUUAAUUUGUUUAAAACUGUUCAACUAUUGUCUUUCUCUCUCUUUAAGUCAACUACUCACCACAUUUUAUGCACUGCAGUGCUAGCUAGCUGUAGCUUAUGCUUUCAGUACAAGAUUCAUUCUCUGAUCCUUUGAUUGGGUGGACAACAUGUCAGUUCAUGCUGCAAGAGCUCUGAUAGGUUGGAGGACGUCCUCCGAAAAUUGUCAUUAUUACUGUGUAAGUCUAUGGAGGGGAUGAGAACCAUGAGCCUCCUAGGUUUUGUAUUGAAGUCAAUGUACCCAGAGUAGGAGUGCUGCUGAGGCUACUGUAGACCUUCAUUGCAAAAAAGUGUGUUUUAAUCAAUUAUUUGGUGACGUGAAUAUAUUUAGUAUAGUUUGAUCUAAAAAUGACAACUUUUUUAAUGUUUCACUAUUUUUAUUUUAAUGAGUCCUCCCUUUCCUCCUCUGAGGAGCCUCCAAAGCCCUACUCCCGUACACAACACACACUAGCCUCCAGGAAGAGAUGGAGAACUAACGCCAGGGUGCAACUUUGCGAAGGGAGUGUUUGGGGACCUGAUCAUAUUGGUCAUAGUUAGGCUUAGAGUUAAGCCCUCAUGGUCAGGGAAAACUAUUGGCCCUAGUCAUAGUCACAUAAUAGUUACAGAUGGACUGGAUUUUCGGAGUCAUAUCAUAUCUGUUAUGCACAUUAAAAUACUCAAGUAACUCAAUGAGCUAAUUUAAUCCAAAGCACUCCACUGAUGGGACUGGGCUGGGCUGAUGUCCAACCCUGUGGUGAUAGCGCUAAUAGAGAAGAGUGAUUGGUCCAAUGGCUCUUUGCCCUGUAGUGAAAUCAGACUGUUUCGCCCUGGGAGACACAACUAUGUAACUGUCCACAUCCAAGGCAGCAUGCCACUGCCUUUUUAUGUGCUAACUAGAACAAUGUGAAGUGCUUUUGUUGUAAUCUGAACCAUGGUUUUAAGAUGAUCUGUUAUUGCCCAUGGGUGAGUAUUGUUUUAUUACUGUAUUAAUGUGGUAAUAAUGGACUGAUGUGUGACUAACAAUGCUUCUUCUCUUUUACUCUCUCUCCUCUGUAGCGGACCCUCGGGUGAGUGAGAAUGUCUCAGGUGAGUGGACUUUCAGUAUGUCGUGUUCACACAUCUUUCCUCCAUAGUUUGUGUCCCGUUCUCUGUGCCUAUCAUAUCAAUCCUUAGAUCUUGUUUUCUCUCCUCCCUCCAGGUAAAGAUGCUAUCUGGACACAGUUCCCCUUCAAGGCAGAUUACUACUCAGAGUGUAACGGGAAGCAGUAUGUGAAGAGGACCUGGUACCGCAAGUUUGUGGGCAUCCAGUUGUGCAACUCCCUUAGAUACAAGAUCUACAUGAGCGACUCGCUCACCGGUCAGUAUAGUAAGAGUGUUUGUCUAUGUCUAUUUUUUACUGUCUCUACUAUACCUUGUAUCUGUGCAUGUACAUAUAUAAAGAGUUGAAAGGUUACAUUAGAAUUUUGAACAACGUUUAACUAACUAGAACCAUAACCUUUGACCUCUGACCCUGUGCAGGCAAGUUCUACAACAUCGGGGACCAGACUGGUCAUGGGGAGGACCACUGCCAGUUUGUAGAUUCUUUCCUGGAUGGACAAACAGGCAGCCAGCUACUGGCCGAGCAACUACCCAGCCGAUCAGGUAGAGUACUGGGCCAAAUACUGGAACCCGUUAGAGACAUCAAAGGGAGAGAACCGUAGACACAUGUACAGGUGUCCAUGACCACGGUUCUUGGUCACUUUCCAAUGACUACUGAAGUUGGCUGUUUCAGGGUUAACUAUGAGAAACACUGAUCUCUAGACUAUGUUAAAAGACCAUUCACAUUCCAAACCAUUUGUAAAAGAAGGGUUCUCAUAUUCCCUCUGCUCUAUUGUCUCAGGUUUCUAUCGGGCUGUGCGUCAGGAACCGGUCAACUUCGGCGAGAUCGGAGGGAACUCGCACGCCACCUACGUUGGCUGGUACGAGUGCGGAACACCCAUACCUGGGAAAUGGUAA